AUGAAGUGCCCAUCUUGUGGGAACGUCGAACUACAAGAGCAUCACCGCUUCUGCUGCAGUUGUGGCUUUAAUCUCGCAGCUGAAGGGUCGUCAGGAACUUCAGCAGUGUUGAAAACCAGUUCUGAGCAGUUUACAGUGACUUCAGGUAAGUUUCAUAGUUUUUCUUUGCGAAGCCCUCAUUGCGAUGCUCAUAGCCCUGCAAUAGCGAUGUAUACUAACAUCAAGAAUUAUUGUCAUGAGACUUAACAAUCAGUGACAAGCGACAAGGAUAUCUUCCUAAUAUUGGACUGUGAUUCGAGAAAGGUUAGCUUAAACAGGGACAUUCAGAAGCACUCAAAGCUUCCCGAGUACAGACAUUUUGUGAAUGGUGUUAAAAUUUGAAACUUGUGUAUCGACUCCUUGCAAUAAUCAGGAGUCGGGAACGGAACUAUCGAAACUAGGGACUUAAAAUGCGAUCACGCGAUUGCAUGUUCUGAUUACAUUACGGAGGUACAGAGAAGAAACGAAAAAAAGCGGUGCUUUAGUUUUUAAUAGUACUUCAGGAUACAAAACGAAAAUUUGUCGCGACGGCGACAUUUGAACUCGUAGCGAAAUAAGAGACAUUAUGUCUCUUUGUUUAGACGAUUUUAGGUUUAUGGCGUCUCGACUAAUCUCUUAAAGGACACCUUUUUCGGCACGGUUCAAUAAGGUGUGCAAGUAAUUUGACGAAUUCGAGUAUUGUAUAUAUAAUUUUUUCGUCGUUUGACGAAGCAAAUAAUGGGGCGUUGAUCGCCUUCCUCAAAAUUUUUGACAGGUUGCAAGUAUAAUUGCAGGUAUUUCCUCAUAAUUCAAGGUCAAAACUGUUUCAGAGCUAGACUUUUUCAGAUAGCUGACUUAUCUUGACGAAUUAAGCGAGAUGUAAUUUUCUUCCUAAUUCUCCUGGAAGAUUCCAUUUUCUUGUUUCAUUUUGUGAGUGAUUACAAAACAGAAUUACAACGAAAGGACAAGAAUGUAAAGUGAAAAUGAAUUCUCGAUUAGUUUUGAUUUUGUUAUUUGUAAUUUUCUGUUUCACAUAUUGGAUGUUACAGACUUAAAAAAAAAGUGUUGCUUACUUAUUCCUUUGAUCAGCUGGUCCAGUUGCGUUUCCAAUGUCUUCAUAUAGAUAUAUUUUUAGCGGUGAAUGCCAAUUUAUAGAGGUAAUGAAAUAAAUACCAAGUUUUUGUGAGACUUCUGGCCCAAAACUAUUUUGGAUCCAGGUAUCUUUUGCUUAAAUGAUCCUGAAAACAGACCUCAUAAAGAGGAUAUAAGGUGCACCGUUGAAUUGUCUUUCGUACAAACAUGACGCUAUCGACAUCGCUGAUCCUAGCAGUAUGCAGGACGUAAUGUACUUCGCUCACCGUAGCGUCUCUGUGGCUCAGUGGUAGAGCGGAAUCCGAAGAUCUGAGGUUCGAUUCCUCAUGGGGGCUUAGAAUUUUUUCUUUGUUCCAUGCUCGUGACAGGACAAAAAUAUAUCUUUCACUGCCUUUCGUACAAGAGUUGUUACUACCGUUCGAUAUUUUGUAUGAACAGUUUAAUCGCUGAAAUUCCAAGUCUAAAUGAAUCUUAUCAAAACAUUAACUAGAUGUGCUUGUAACUGCUGUAAAAUUAUAGGAUCCUCUCGUUACUUGGCGUUAGGUAUUCCCAACAGUAUCGUUUACUGAUUUAGAAAUAAUAGGUAAACAUUCACGAAGCAAUGCAAGGGCUGCUCAACAGUUGAUAUUGGUAAAAAUAAGUCGAUAGUUACACCCCGACCAACAACGGAAACCUGGUACUCAGUACUCGGUACUAAAGGUAGUAAAAAUUUGGUGCUUUAAUCUCCUUGCAUGAGAAGUUAAUUUUCAAUUAUUUAUUAAGAGGCAAAUUUGACUUUUUGUCUAUUUACAAAAUUAUCAUUAUCAGACAAAAUACAAGAUAUUUCAACUAGCGGCUGGGAAGUAACUGUUACAUGAUUAUGAUUUUAAUUUUGCCUGUACAGAUCACCUGGACAAAACUGAAGUUUCGGAAAACAGACCAGAGCCUUCUCAGGAUCAGAGCUCCAAUGUUAUCAAUCAACUUACUUCGAUCACAGAAUCAGUCGAUGAGGCCAAAAGCAAGAAAGAUGAUUUCGAAAGAGACGGUUCUUCAAAUGGAGAAGAGGGAAACCAGAACACCAAUAACAAUCCACCUAAUAUGAGUGAGGUUCAAGCCUUACAAAAAGAAGAAAAAAUCCCUCUUACUGACUCAAGCAUCGAAGCCCGUGAAAACGGAGGCCAUUCUUCUGGUAAACCAAAUUCUCCCAACAAAAAAACAACUGUUGAGCUGGAACCUGCCAAAAUAGUGCCUGAACCAGAAACCGCUAACACGGUUAAAGCCACACCCAACACGGUAUUAAUCACGUUGUGGAACUAUUUUUGGUACAAAGACUUUGUGCACGCAAACAUCAACUUUGUAGCUGUAUUCAAUAUGACCCUCUUAGUACGUGCACUAUGAUUGGCCAAUUUAGUGGGUUGUCUUUCACUAUUUGGCCCGCUAAUCUCCAAAGUUUGUUUGAAUUGAAAUCUUCCUCUUUUCUUUAAACCCAGGGAUACCAUUAAUAUCUUACUAACCUCGAUUUCUCAGCGUGUCCUGCAACUGCUUACAGUCAGUGAGUGUAUCAUUUCUCAUUCUUCUGUGAAUGUAUAGGUACCAUCAGGAAUUCAGAUCGAAAAGGAACCAUUUCUCUCAGAAGGAGACCGAGAGCAAAUCACUGAUGAUCAAAACGACACAAAAACGAGGUGAGUCGUGAAUGAAGCGUAACAUAACAUACCUUGGUAGCCUUAAAAUAAACAUUUAACUCUUUGAAUCACAAUCCUUGUGAUACAUCACUGUAAGACUAACAAAAGCUCUUUUCUUCAAACCUGCAGUGAAUGUCCUGAAGAAAAUGUUUACCCAGGUCUAAUUGGAGGCUCUAAGAAUGACAUCAGUCAACAGGCAAUAACUCCACCCACCACUGCUCAAGAAGAUAAAACCACUUUCCCAGGACAACCGGAUGAGAGCGCUGCAAAUCGGAGCAUUGACGCGAAGGAAGAAGUCAAGAAGAAAAAUAACAUUGCAAAUGAUGCUAAGAAGCAACAAGAAUAUGUCCAACAGGUACCAUGUGGGGGUAAAAUUGUUGUGGAACAGAGAGGCAACACAACGGUCAUUCUACGGAUUACUGAGGGUGCUGGCAAUGAUUCAACAUUCGACAGCAAUAAAGACAAGGAAACUGGUCAAGAUGCUGAGGGUAAAAUUGCUGAGAAUUCAAAUCUCAAAAAUAAUGAAGAGAAACAAUCCACAAAUACCGAUGGUAAUAGCAAGGAUUCAGGUAAUGGCCAACAUUACGUCUUAAAGUCUGAAACUGGUGCCGCAUCAGUUGACAGCAAAAAAGGGGAAGCUGUUACGCCAGAAACUUCUAAAUCAAGUGAAAACGAAAGAGCUGGUCAGAGCACUUACCGAACAGCCAGUAGCCAACCAUUAACUAGUAACCAACCUCUGAGUACUCACAGUGACAGUAGGGUGACAAAUCCAGACACCGAAUUUCUGACAGUUAUUUUCCAUGCGUUAUUAACACCAACGUUUCAAUUCAACCCUAGACAAGGGGAUAGAAUUUUCAUCUGCGGGAGUUUUCCUUUUUCGUGGAAAGACCCCCAGAAUCAGGUUGAAGUUCGAAUUGUCAGGUAAGUCUCAACUCUGAAGCUGAAUUAUACAAAACGUGUUUUCAUUGUCUUUAUUUACCUGCUUUUCCUCAAUUGUAGGGAUUUACCCGAUGGCUACUUUGUUUUGGAGGGAGAGGCCAAUAUAACAUUGCGACAGGCAUCACAGAGAAUCUCCUACAAAUACACUGUAUUCCGCCCACAAGGAAAGAACGUGUCACCAAAGCCAUUAUGGGAAUGUCUGCUUGGGUGUGUGCCUUACACGAGGGAUCAUGUUAACCGCUCCUUACUCAUUCGUGAGGAUUCACGAAAAAGCAACGGUAAGAUGAUACUGAAUUCUAACACAUUUUGUUAUUCUUUUAUCCCCUUCUUCCACUAAUUCCAUCAUUAAUUCAUUCGUUUAUUUAUUCAUGUGCGUUCUUUAGUCCAUUUAUUAAUGCAUUUAUUAAUUCAGCUUUAGUCAUUCAUUUUUACUCACGAUUGAUUCCGAUUCACCUAGUGGUAAACGGGAAGGUGUAAGGCUUGUAAGUUGGAAUUCUAUUAGUCAUCUAUGGUUAUUAUUAUAUAGCUGUUUGGCACCAGUAUGAUGAUGCAGUCUUCAGUGAACCUCGAAUAUGGGAUGCCUUCACCAACCAUCUACCCUUUUUGAAAAAGGUUUCUCUCGAUCCAGCGGAGGGUCGAAGAAAGGCUAUGCUGAUCAUGUUACCAGAAUGGGACAGAAUCGCAUCUGGUGAAAGAGGAAUAACUGCGUCAACUGCCUUGACUCAAAUUAACAAUGUGAUGUAUUGCAUGCGAGAGCAAGAAGUGGAGAAUGGAAGUUACAUUUUCUAUCGUAUAUUACCCGGUUUUGACGAGAAGCAGGUUGGUAUAAAAGAAUAAUAGAUCUGUAUACCUACAUGAACAUGCAGCGUUAAUCUAACUCAUCAAAGUCAAUAAUUACUAUUUUGAAUGCCAAGAUGAUAGGUGACAAUUACACUUUGGAGCUCAUUCCAUACAUUUAUUCCUCUAAUGCUUUUUGAUAAGGUGCUGUUUGAUUAUCUGUUUACACGGCUGAAAUACAAUACUCACGUGCAGCAAACCCAAGCCAGAGAUGAUGAGGUUCAAGUCAAACGACUGGUUACAUCUAUCAUGAUCGCUUCCCUCGCUGUUGGACAUCGCUUAAUGUUCAUAGAGGAUAAGGUGUUGAGUGACAUUUUAGAAAAUCUUGCUUUACAUGGAAACACAAUUUUGAAGAAAUGCAUUGAAUUCGAAGAACUUUUGCUGCAUUUUCCAGACAAAGUGCAAAGGUUUGAUAUCAUUUUUUCAUUAUUAACACAGAUUAUGUUGGGUCUCAUGAUCCCUACUUGUGUGGUUCAGUGUUCUUUUGUUAAAAAUCGUUUAGAUGUAACAUGUAAUAGUAAAUAACUUUGCCGAAAGCUCCUGCAAAACAACUAUACGUUUAAUAAAUCAGUUUUCAGUAAGUGGGAGAAAUUUCAUUUAUUCUCACGCGAGAUAUAUUUUUGAAUUACACCUUAAUCCUACUUUUAAGGACACUGGUGGAUAACUUGAAACGACUGUGUAAAUACGUAAUUGAGCAAAGGUACGGAAUAUUUCACUGGUUGUUCGCUGUCCCCUUGCUUCAUUUCUUAUCGAAAUCAGUGGUACCAUUCUCGGGCGGUCAGCGACCAGCAGCACCAAGCUCACUGAAUGACAACAAUUGGUGGGGAGCAGAUGACCUCUUCGACUUUUUUCAAGUACGAUGGCAAGUGCUCAAUGCAAGGUUGGACUUAUUUUAUACUAAUGCUUUUUAAAGACAAGGUGACCGACACACAAGACAUGUCUGAGUGUUGUGAAGGCUUACAAUUUUUAGUUGAGAAAGAAUUUACGGUUUCUUCCAUGGUCAUGGCUUUCACGUUUCUAAGUAACAAUUAAUCUUUUUAUCGACGUAUCGAGCGGAAACUGUAUUAUUGAAGUCAUUUUCUAUUCUGACUAUCAUUUCUAAAACGUGAAUAACAUUAAUAGUUUGUCUUGUUUCUUUUUAUGUGUCACAGGGACAGGGCCAACACUCCAACACUUCUUCAAAACCAACUUUCUCCCAUGUUUGAGCUCGACCCAUUAUUCAAAAGGACAUUUUUGUUGGCACUCUCAAUCUUUGACAUGAGCAAGGUGUUAAAGAGGGGAAGCUUCUCUUUGUUUGAAGUUUGUUGGACACUUCUUCGGGUCGUAAAGGAGAGAGAUAGGCCUCUAAUUCUCACGGAGGAGGAGGUAAACUUUCUUGUUGCCAUAUUCACUGACAUGACAUGUAAAACGAGUUUGUACAUCUCUACAUUGAGUAAAGUUAAAGCAACGUUAAAGAAUCUAAGCUGAGUUAAUUUUCAGGGACUGGUUUAGAAGAAGUAUUGUUUUUUUGUUGUUGUAAAAACCCCCCAAAAUUACGUCUGUUCAAUUGCAAAUCUGUAUCUGAAGGACAACAUCAGAUACAGAUUGCAAUAGAACAGACGUAAUUCUGGGAAAUUUUGCAAAAAACGAACAAUAGUUCAUUCAUUCCACUGCAUUGGCUAUGGCUUCCGUCACGUCCGCCCAACCCCCUGUCGCGUGCCGCCGCCUUGGCCACAUUCCAGCUCUUUCAGCCCGCCUUGCCUCUUUCUUUCGACAGUCCUUCUCCAAGUUGUCCUUUGUCUCCCUCUCGCCCUUCGACCUUGGCGACCUUCCUCAUUGCCAACAUAAAACAAACAAACAAACUUUUUGCGUGAUCGACAAUCACAAACUUUUACCCAUUACUUAACAGGAUUACUAUUGCUGAAGUAUACUUAGGAAAAACCUAAUGUAUUUUCAUGUUGCUACAACUUUCGAUUAAUGACCUAUACAGUGGGAAUAUAUAUAAUGUAUGUUUAAUCCAUGAGUGUUGUAGUUAGCCACGAAAUUAAUGUAGCGUCUUGUUUUUGUUGUUGUUAUUUUUUUUAUUUUUCGUUCGGUAGAGAGGUUGUUUUCUUUCUUUUUACCGUAUGUACUGUUGAUGAAAUAUUUACAUUAAAAUAAAUAAUGACAAAAAGGUAAGUUUUUCGUUUGUCUCACGAUGUAGUCGUGGCCACAUCGUGAGACAAAAGAAAAAACUUACCUUUUUAUUGUUAUUCACCACGAUGAAUAACCACAACCUUUUUCAUAAAUAAUGAUUUUGUAAGUUAUUAUUGGUCAGUACUGUAAGUAACUUUAGAAUGAUGACUAAGGCAAACUUAGUGUUGAAAGCAGUCUUCCCAUGUUGAUAUUGUUUGAAAGUACGGUUAGUGAAGUUUAUAUUUCAAGUAAGUUACGGUAAUAAAAUAAAAUUUGUCUAAAACAAACAAACAAACGAAAGGAAAUUAGGGUUUCCCUCAUGAUAUUGUCUUAUUUUCAUAGUGGGAUUCUCUUGAAGAAUGCAUCAAGGACAUGAACGCAGUUCAUGAGAAGUUUGAGAGGUAGAAAUUUCUCUAAUAUGAGUAGGAUGAGGAUGCGCAGACUAACUUAAAUCAACCUCACAAGAAAACUUUAGCUGGCUCUUUAACUUUGAUAGUUUUUGAACCCAGGUUCCCUUUUACGGUCAGCUCUAUCGUCUCAUAGUACAAUUCUCCUUUGUCUUUUAUUCACUAGGGCGGAACACUUCACUCAGUGGGAGGAAAUGACGUCACUAGCUCAAGCAGCCUCACAGCUUUUACAGCACCUUCUAACAGAGCACCAGUUAGUUAUCCAGAAGAGAAGUCAAAUACUCUGUGACCUUUUGAAACUCUUAGGCAAUAGUCUUGUGUUGGCAAAACAAGACUCUCCUGCUGCACAGAUUGACGGAAAGGAAGGCAAUACGCAUGAACAUAUUUUCAAACAAUCGUUUGAAAGUUUACGCGAAUCUUUGGAAACGCUACAUCGGGCUUCGGGAAGAUUGCAGCAAGCAUCGAAAAAGUACUGCCAAGAAGAAUUCCAGGUACUAAUUAGAUGGGAAAAGCCUUUUUCUGCUGAAUUUUCGAAGUCAGUAAAGUAAGAUAUCGUUGGGUCAUACUUAUGCAUAUAAUUCGGUUUUAGUCCAAUAGACACCGUUAUGAGCGCACACUAAUGGUGUUUUACGAAAAAAAAAAGAAAAGGAAAAUCAAAACUAGAUUAUCAUACAAUUUGCGCAAUUAAUUGAAUAAGAAAGUGUACUGAUCUAAGAUCAGCGAGACAGAUGGUCAGUAGUUCCCAGUUAUGCUUGGGAGAUAAAGGCGAGAAACACCGUAAUUUAUUUCAAAUGCGACGCAGACACAUUAAGUUUAUAAUCAUUUCAGCUUACGUAAAAUGUAAAAAGAUUCGCUGAGAUUUUCAGUAAAGGUUUAUCUCUAUCUCCUUUAGUUUUGGUCGAACCUUCUUUCGGUAAAGCUGGAUGAUGACGAAAUGCAACAAAGCCUGGAAAGCUGUGUGAAAGGUGUAUUUGAAAGUCGAAUUUGCGAGGUAGGUGUCAAAUUUUUCUUGUAUACUUUGCCACUGACCAAGCCUUUAUUAGUUCGUAUGUAGUUUUAGUACAUUUAAUAAUUGACUAUAAAUAGAAAAAUGAUUUCUUCAACCCCACUAGUCAUUCUUGGUCAUGUGCAUUUCUUUGUUUGAAUAAACAGAUCGACUAUCAACGUGUUAUGGAAUUAUAUUGCACCCUUGAUCUCGGAAUUUAUCAUCAAGAUGUUGGCGACUGCCUCAUGUCCACUGCAUUCAAAGCUAUAGACCGUUCUCGACAGGUAGGUUAUUGACCUACACCACCGUACUCUCUUCUCAACGUUUUAAGAAUAACUGAAGAAAAUAGCUUACAUUUAUACAAAAAUAACGAAUCAUUGAUCGCGUGCACUGAUCGACCAGUUAAGUAUAGGUAAACUUGUUAUUUUUUUCUCAAUCAAAAAUCUAAUUGUUCCAUUCAUAUUUCUCUCUAUAGGGCGACGUCAGGGAAGACCAAAUGGAAAAGUUGAGGGCCAGUCUGGAAUCAUCAAAGUUAACUGACCGGCAGGCAUCUGGGGUCGGCAAACUGUUUGGUCGUUUUCUUAUGAAGCAAUGGCCAAAGGGAAGCGACGGGGGAGAUCCUUCAAGGGAUGAGCUUUUGCGACAUUUGUUUUCUUGGAAACCGAUGGAAGAGUACUUCAAAUACUUUAGUACGUAAUAACGUUUUCACUUUUGUAGAUAAUCAAGGAGAAUUUGAAAAUGCGGCUAAAUAAUUUUUUCUUAACAUUCUUUACAACUCGCUAUACGCUUAUUAAAAACUGUGUAUUGAUAGUUUUAUUUAAUUAUGAUCUUCAAAGACAAUUUUAAAUCUUAAAUUUUAAGAAAAAUGGCAAUUAUUUCUUUUAUAGACGGCCAAGGUAAAGAUGGAGCCACUUUAUCUUCUGAAGGCUCAGUGCUUCUUCUGAAGGCGUCUUCACUUUUGGAAAGGGUCAGCAACGGCCUCAGGAAUGCUGAGAUUGAUGUGAAAACACUACGGCUUGUUCAGAGAAAUCGACAAAAGUUCUUGAGGUUGAACUAUUUGCGAACCAGUUCCGAGGACAAUCAAUCCAGAGUCCUUCAUGAAGCGGUCAAGAUGGAUAGAGUCAAGGAAAAACAAAACGAGACAGAUCCAAUGGAGGUAUUUCUUGAAAUGCGCUGUGAGGAGCUCAAAGCGUUUGAAAGCGAGAGGGAAGCAGUAUUAUCUUUCGUGGAGUUUUGUUCUGCUGUAAAGUCAGGUGAGACCCAAACGCUCAGAUAUGAUAGGAAUUGAGUUUAAAACUACUAGGAUCGAAGGAAAAAGAAGCAACCGAACCAAGCCAAAAGGACAGAUUUAACACGUAACUUUUGUUGUUUAUAACAUUUUUCUGAAACAGUCGUGCCGUUUUCAUUUUUUAGUUGAAGUUAACUUUGAUGAAAUCAAAGAAAAACUGAAGAACGAUGUAACCUCUUGUCGUGUGCUUGAACUUUGCCACAAACGCGGAAUCAGUGAAGAGCCUCUGGUGAAAUAUUUUGAACUCACGCCAAGGAAUAAGAGAAUGACUCAGUAUCUUCAUCUACUCCGAUCCAGCUUUCUUUUCCGUACCAUUUGGAAUAAGUGCGAGAAAAAUGCGGCUUCCAUUUGUCGAGGUGAUCCUCGAUUAGCUGGAGUAAUGACAUUAGACACAGUGCACGAGCUUUUGUGGACCAAGUCCUUCGAAAGAUGGCAAACUUUGUGGGAUAGAGUAUGUAGCGGACAAAUUAGUCUGAGAGAAGUGGAUGAAAGAUUCGGCAAAUUUCGAAACGAGCCAGAGUAUUUCGAUACUGAAAUUAAAAUAGCACUGAAGCUCCUUCCCGACGAACAAGAUGUUGAAGCCGUCAUCAAUGAACGAGUUGGUCAGAUCAAACAGUACCAGAAGCUGAGAGGGUGCGAGGAAGCCGCCGCAGCUAUCUUGGAGUUUCAAGAAGCCAUGGAACUUGAAGGAGACUUUCAAGUGCUCGAUGACUUUUACGAUCAGGUAAUUAUCAAGUAUAGACCUUGGCCCUUUAUUGCUUUACUGAGUGCCUCUCAUCCCUUUAACUCCCCUGAAUGACCAUGACAGAAUUUCUCCUGACAACAUCCUUACAAUAUCAAGUACACAAGUGAUAAAAAUAAAAAAAAUAUAUAAUUUAGGGGAUUAUUAGUUGAUCCAAUACCAAAUUCUCUGAACUAAUAUCAUCAGAAUUGUAUAACAGACAGAUCUUGGGAGCAAAAGGGUUAAGUGAAUGUUGAAAGGUGAAAAGUGGAUAGAUAACAAGCCAAUGUAAAAGUUCCUUGGCCGAAAUACAAUGAUUUUGAAAAGUCGAAAGAAACAACUACGUGACAGGCUUAAUUGCACUUGCCCCAGUAUCGAUUUCUUUCAAUCUAUCCAAGGCGUAAUGAGGCAAAAUAAUUCUAUUGAUAUACCAGAGAGAAAAGUUGUUUUACGGGAAGAAAUACUCAUUUGAUUUGAAUGGUAUGAUUUUAUUAUUGUUUUUACUAGAUGAGCGACGAAUUUCGCGGACGCCCUCUCUCAAGUAUUGGUGAUGAUGUUUUAGAAAUGGGAAAAGACCUUGAACAUGUAACGCCUGUAAUGAUCGAUUGCUUGAAAACUGUCGUUACUUCCAAAGACUACAUCUACUGGCUUCGAAAGGAAGUGCAAGGUGCGUUUUCUCUAAUAAUAAACUAACUUCCCAGUACUGACUAAAUGUGAACAACCAAACGACCGACUGAAUCUCACUGUUAACAAAUAGUAACUGCGAAAUUCUUCACAUCAGUGGUAACCUGUGGUAGUUUUUCUAAAUACUGAUGACUGUUUCCUUGAAAAGCGUGUAUAAAUAAAACCAAUAACGGAGUCAUCGAAAUAGACAUGUUUUCAAUGUCAAUAUUCUAACACUAUCAUGAAAGACAGUUUUCAUUUUCAAAUUUUUUUUUAGAUCCCCACUCACCGUUAUAUUUCUGCAACUCCCUUCAUGUAAAUGAUGCCAAAGUACCAAUUUGCUCUCUUCCUUGUUUGCUGUAUUGUUCAAAUUAUCUCCUUUCUUACAUUUCUCGCCAGGAAGGGACGAGGUGAAAACUCUGGUGGACUUAGCGAUGAUGUCGGCUGGUGAGACUGACAUUGAGACCGAUCGUGUUUCCUGUGUGCACACCACUGCUCUUGGCUUUGCUCCCUUCAUUUUUGACCUGGACAAAGACACCAGCUUUGGGAAACUUAUCAGUGCAUGUGAAAGCGUGUGGAGGGAGAUCGAAAAAGACAAAUCUUUGCUCGAGAAGCUGGUAAGGUUCUGCCGAACGUUUUGUUCAUUUGAUAGUAUUGAUCACCACAGUCUUGCACGUUGUAAGGCUUUAGCUCCAUUACGACGAGAAAGAAUGUAGGGAACUAUCUUUAUUGUGGCAGGUAAUAAGUCAGCGAGAAUUGAUUAGAAAAUGAACAAGUCUUUUUUAACAGUAGUUUGAGUCAUUCGUUGGUUUCGGUGGAGAAUCGGUAUUGAAAAGUAUUACGCUAAAUUACAGUGUAGGUCGAUUAACCAAUGACAUCAGUUUUCAUGAGCGAUAUUGAUUUCAAAGAUUUGCACCUAAUCUUCCUUACAUCGCAGAACUUUAGUCAUACAAGUAUCUAGAUGAUAUAGCUUCGUUAAAACUAAUCCGUGUACUGAUAAUUGCGGUCUUACAGAACAGCAUCAGCCGCCAUCUUGAUUGGCUUAAGGGCGUUAAGGAUGAGCAUGCCAUGUCUUCUCUCAAAUUGGCUCAAGCUAUCAACGAAAGAGGAGUAUACUCCAUUGGCCAUUUGCAAGACAGUGUGGAACCAGCUAGGCUCUAUUACAAGAAAAGUGUGGAUUCCGUUAUCAGUUUACUUUUACCUCUAACCGACCUAAGCGGUGAACGAAAGGAAUUCAGUUUAGAGAAACUUCAGGAGCUACAAAGUAAACUUGCUCUCAUUUCGGGAAAGGAAUCACAAGGGGGCCAAGAGGAUAUAAACAAGUUUGGAGAGGUAAUAUUUUAGAUGGCCAAAGUCGAGAAUCAAGCAAAGUUGUUCAAGAGAAUUUAGGUGAGGCACCUUUCAAACCAAAAGAAUGCACAGGAAAGAAAGGAAGAGUGCAUUAAGCUGCAAAGAUAAAGAGGGCAUAUUAAAAGAAAAGGCUGAAGAAAUAUCAAAAAGGGUUAAAGUUUUAGUGUUGGUGAAGCUUUUACUAUAACUUUAUUUACAUGAUUUUUUUUUAUUUCUUUCCUCGUGCAAUUUGAAUACGGUUAAAAGGCAUAAGAAAUUGUCAUUUUUAUUCUCAGUUGCUUCAAGGUGCUGUUCAACUUGGCCAGGCUUAUGUAAAUCUCUGUGAAACUGGAGAUGUUUCACACCUCGACUGGAACGAAGAAUACAAGUGUAAGAGCUCUAUGGGAAAAAGAAUCAUUGAUGAAAUCCAGUCAAAGUGCGUGGAAUUUGAACAACUUUGCUACGCGUGCAAAGAACACAUCAACGAGAUGCGGAUGAAAUACCCCGAGUUAAACUUUUUCACCAUACAGCAACUUUUAUUCUUACGCAAGGAACUCGCCAGCUUGAAACAAGGCUUGACAUUGGAAUCUCUUAAUCUCCAAGUUUACAGUCUUCUUGAAAAGGUUCUUCCAAGCCUUCACAGAAAAUUACUGCACGAAGCUCUUAUUGAGGCAGGUAUCUGGUCAACAGAUUUUGAUCUGGAUUUCUACAGCGGUCAAGAUGCUCGUAGCACAACAUCCCCGUCCAGCCAAGAUGACACCUUCAGAGACAACGAAGAGAUAAGUGAAAAGUACGAGAGCCUUUUUGAUAAUGUGGAGAGGCUAAAUCCCUCAGAGCCUGAACGCCUCGCUGUGGCAGCUCUUUACAACGAUAUGAAAGGUAACGUUGCCGAGCUUGUUCUUUGGUGUGUGCAAAACAAGGAUAAAAGCGACCUUAUAGAUGAACUCUACGAGAAAGCUUCAGAAGACUCCAAAUUCCGGGGCAUCAUAGGCGAGACUCCUGAUUCAGACGAAGAGUCAUCGCAAUCUUCUCAACAUUCUGAUGACCAGAUGAGGUAAGAAAAUAAAUUGUAGACCACAUCGAAAGUAACUUCAAGAAAAUGUACAUGUGCUAAAUGGUUUGUUCUGUUGCCAUAUGCAUGUGCACCGAUGAUAUAGUAAAGAAGGUGGUUGACAGUUUCAAACAAUUUGAGUAAUUUUAGCCAGAGUUAAACUAGGAAUCCAUGAAUACCAGCACCUACUCUCUUCUAUCUCUUAAUGAGCAAACGAAAAAGACGAAACAGAAAUAGACUCAACGAAACUACGCAGGAGGACCUUCCUGAUGUUUCUUCCAGGACUCUGAGUGAAAUUAACGAAACUGACAGAGGAGUAAGUCCGCGCCAAGGAUUUUGAUUGAGUACAAACCUAAGCCCUCUUUCAUUACUUUAUUUUUUUUUUAUGUGUUUUAGUUUGCAAGAAGGUGAUGAUGAGUUUUCACAUUCGAGUCUACCUGAAGAAGAAAACUUCAUGUUGAACGAAACAUUAGGGGGCACCUUUUUGACUUUGGACGAAAUUGGUGUAUUUCUAUCUUGCUUGGUUGCCGGAAAUGGUAACUUUCAAUAAUUUACAUUUUAUUUGUUAUACCACCUUGCAAUUCUUGUUUUAUUCUUUUUUUUUUUUUUUGCAUUUCUUGCUGGUCACUUUGUAUAUUGCGAGUUCAAGGAGUUAAAGUGCUGAAACGUGAUAUUCACUACAUAUUUAGCGCCUACAAUUUUUUGAUGUUAUUAACCCAGAAUAAUGGUAUCGACGUCAACUGAAUUUUCAGAAAUCUGGCCAAGACCUACCUCAGUAUGACGUGUUAACUUUUAAAUUCUUUAUGUAAAUACCUUUCUAGACAUCUGAUCUCCUGCCGUUAUACAAAAUUAUCCUACCGGCUGAGACUUAUGUCCUGCUAGAACCAAUUGAUCUUAGGGAUACUUGGUCCUUAUUCUUUGCUUUGCCUCAAAGAAGUAUUGUUUUUAUUAAUUAAUCAUUUGCAUGAACCAACCCUCAACUGUAAUCAUUUCUUCUCAUAGAGGACAGAGUUAUGAGGAGAGAAAUCCAAACUUACUUGAAAAGAGGACAGCCGAAUCUCAUGUUAGCAAAAAAAGGUAAGUUGCUGCCAAUAACGUUCUCGUUUAGUUGGUAAAUGUCGAGCAUAAUUUUCGCUCCUAAAAAGUAAGCACAUCCUGAGGCUGCCGAAUCGAUUUAUCUAAACCACAUAAAAAAUAAAGAAAGGAAACGUUUGUUUAUGAUUCCAUAUUUAUUGCGAGACAAGUGGUGAUGACAUUUUCAUACUCGUGUAUAUGACCUCAUGGUAAAAGCAUUAGGACAGCGGCUUCCACCUCAACUAAACUGUUUAACGAUAAAAGUGUGUAUCUCUCUAUUCAGCCGUUUACUUUUAUAUCCACUCGUCCUCUUGAUCCAUAAUUGGUAUUUUUCUUGAUUCAAACAUUUCUUACGCGCUCUUUUCAGAGAACAUCUUUUCCGCUGUUCUUGAACUUUACAAGGAAGAGGGAAUGCAUAGUUUGCCAAAUAGCGACGAAGUCCUCGUUUGCACAUCUGAAACGACAUCUGAGGAGGUAAUUACUAGCGUGACAUGACUCUACACAAAUACAAGAGUAGCCUUGGCAAAGGGAAGAACUUCUAACUUAGUCACCCAUACAGAUCCAUAAUCUUUUACGCGUCUUCGUUUAAGUUAUGUAACUGGAUUAAUAAUCUAAAUGAAAACAUUACACGCUUCUGAUUGGUACUAGACGAGUUUAUUUUUCAUGUAAUAAUGAAAAUGAGAAAAGUACUCGCUUCUGAUUGGCUGCAAACGAAUGCAUCCUCAUGUAACACGAGUGCAAAGUUGUAACACGAGUGCAAAGUCAUAACACAAGUGUAAAUUACAAAUGGUGCGCGCACGCUUUCAAAAUUUCGCCUGUCUUGACUUUCUGGGGUGUUUUUUUAUGCACGUUAUUAGCAGGAAUAACAUGAUUUUUCUUGCAAUUUCGUUUUCUUUGAAAAGUUUACUCGUGCUUUUUUACACCACCUUGCAUACGAAAUCAUGUUGUUUACCUAUACUUAUCAUAACCAUUACAAUUUCCUCAACCGUGAUUGGCGCAUUAGCUGCUUUAUUUUUCACUAAUCACUCCCUAACACUGUAAUCGGACAUUGUCAUCGGACAGUUGGCUGUAAUUGGACACCUGUAAUCGGACAGUUGAAGUUGUCAAUCAUACUAAGUCCACUCAGCCAAAUCCAACAAUCACAGAGUUAAACAGAAUAACCAUAGCAAUAACCACUUAUCCUUAAAAAAAAAAUAUUAAGGAAUUUACAAAAUGGAGAAAUUUUUUUAAUUUAGUCUCUACGGGAGAUUUUUUACCUAAUUGUGUAUGCUGUUUUCGGAAAUUGAAACGGUUAUGAUUAAUUGGUAAAAGGACUUAUUGUCUUCCAAUUCUGUCUGUAAUCAUACUCGUGAUUGACAAAUAGGACUCCCACUUCGCGGUCGUCCAAUUUUGUUAAUCAAUCGUACGAUUACAGAGUAAAUUGGACUCCACCUAGUCUAUUACCAUAACUAAUUGCAGUAUGGGAAACGCGAAGCAAGCUGAACAUAUCGCGAUGGUCUACUCUCUGUUUUCUAGGUGGAGUUGCUAUUUCGUCGAGCCCUGGCAAGCAAUGGAAACAAACUAUACUGUUUAGUCAAUGGUGACCUGUUAGACUAUGACGUCAGUCAGAAGGUGGUAGACUGUUUACACACAUUGCUGCACGAUUAUUCCUACCCGGAAAGUAAGUUCUGUUUGACGUUAUGCCUUUAGGUCCUGUAUUCUGGUCUGUGGUAAACGAAGAUAUUAGUGUAAAAGAGUCUUUUAUUCUUUCUUUAAUGUCUACUUCUAAUUCCUACUCUUUUACAAGGUACUUAGAUCACUUUUCUUUCUUUAUCCUUGAAAACUAGCUCUGUUUGCUGAAGUAAAACGGAACUGAGGAGCUAGCUGCCUCUUACUUAAUGAAUUGUUGAAUCAAAAAUUUCCUAGUCUUAGAAAGUUAAAUAUUUCCUUAUAUUUAUGGUUUGCUUUUGAUGUUUUGUUUUAUUCGUUUUCUGAAUUUUUCAGGCUUGGCCCUUGUUGUUCUAUGCAGUAGCGAAAAUGAAGAACGAGCUCAUAUCAUCACUUGUUUGGAACAGUACAAAGUAUUAAUGCCGAGGUAUCCUCGACCAGACGAGCUGCGGCGAUACCUCGCAAAGCAGUUUACAGUACCAGGGCAGAGGCCUGGUGUGUAUCGUGAGAAACACGUGAUCUGGAGUCCAGCUGCCGAAGUUAGUCGAGCGGAGAAGUAGGUGUAUCUCUGAUUGUUCUUUUAAUCACGGAGGGAAAUUAUUUCUUGUGGGACCGCGAGGACAAAGAUUGCAUUUUCGCACGCUUAAGCAUCACUAUCCAUUGUUCCUUGUUUUGAGAAUGAAUUAAAGGACUCUUACCUAGAUUAACUGGAAAGAUAAGAAAAAUGUUGCGCUUUAAAGAACGCGAUGAUUAGAAAAGAUGUGGCUUGUCUCUCCAUACUGUGCGUUUGUGCCAACAAUUGCAGAUUACGACGGUUGUUGUACCUCUAGGAAAGGCACGUUGUUUGUCCGUCUUUUUAAAUGUUAAAUAACUUUAUUGUGUCUUAGAAAAUUGAAGCUAAAACCUAGGCCAACUCUUAAUCCCUACUGUAUUUUAAAACUGACGGGUUUGAUAUUUGUCACUUUAUUCCUUUUUGGAAUAAAUGAGAUUUGAAUUAGGGAUGUCAUUCAAAAUUAAGCUAGGAAAUUACCUGACACAUCAUCUCUCCAACAUAAACCAUGCCCUCAUCCACGCACUCUAAACGAGAACACUGUUUAUUUUUUAAAGCUUAAAUGUUCUCGUGGUAUCCUCUGAACACCCUGGAGUAGGAAAAAGUUUGGUCGUUCGUAGGUUGGCUGAAGAAUUGGAAAUGCUUCCCAACAAUCAGCUUGUGGUGGAAGUAAUGCUACAGGAGGGUGAAGAAACACCUCGUUUGUGUGUAACAAUUCCUUUCCAUGAUAAACAUGCGCAUGUUGCAGAUGCUGUUGGUUUCUUUCUUCCUCAUGCUCUACAUUCGGAUAUACCUUUGUCAAGGAUUUUUCAUCUUGAUCGUUCCUGUGUGGUGAGUUUGUUUAAUUCUAUUCAUUCAUGUAUUUUCUUUUCUGGUAAAAGAAAGACGUUAACACAGAAUGGCUGUAAGUUCUUGAAGAAAAUCGUCGCGCUAGAGUACAGAACUUUUAGAGAAUAUUUCUUUCAAACGUCGUCUAAAACUUCCCCUAAAGAGUAAAAAGUUGUGAUAGGUAUCAGACAUCUCUUUUACAAUCAAAAUAUUGCUCUAGACUGUUAUUGUUAAAUUCGAUUUAAUUCAUAAGUUUGAAAGUCUCUCUGUUUAGUCACUCACCCCCCCGAGAGCGAUAGUUAUAGUUUGCAAAGAUGGCUGAAGCUGUCAACCGUUAGGGGAAAAACCACGAUUUAUGUUUGCAAGAAUGUGAAAAAAAAAAUUGCAUUAAGUCUGGAUAGUGUACCGGCAAGUAGACAAAAAGUUGAAGGUAGUCCGUGCCAGCGAAAACGGUUAAGCAAAAACUACGUAAGAAAACAAGCAAUCACAAUUCUAAUCAAUGCUUUCUUUGACAGGUUACUCCAGAGUUCGAAACGUUGCUGUUUAAUUUACUGAUCCUGGGUGAACUAACUGAUGAUUGUGGACGCGUUUGGAGAAGGAAUUCACAUGACUUGUAUAUCCUGGAAAUCACCAACCCUACUUUAAUGGUAAGAAUUCUCUCUCAUAUACGACUGAAAGAAAAUGUAUCUGCCAAUAUGCUUUUAACGAAUAUUACUUCAUAACUGUUUUAUCUUAUUAAUCUUUUAUAUAAUAAGAGGCCAAAGGAGUCAUCUGAAGCAUGCAAGUUUGAUCAGCUCCUCCCACAAAUAAGAUGUCGUCUUCCGACAGACACUCUGUUCUCCUUGAGAAGAAAAAGCGCAGGUAUGAUUUGAUUUAAAUUUGGCCGAGAAAAUAUUUGAAUAUUUGGUAGUGACAAAGUCAUCUUACAGUCUCACUCUGAAAUUUCUGAAAUCUGUAGUAUUACAUCUGUAGUGCUACGCUGGAACAUAAGUAAAAUUAGAAAAUUUUCAUCCUUUGUCCUUAAAGCAAGGACUUUGUAGAAACCAUCUCGAGGAUUUCGUGCUUAAGACAGUUUGCCUGUAAUUACCCCCUUGCAACAUGAUGGGAAUUCCUCUAUUCGAAUUUGACUAAAAGUCAACUUACCCACCUCGAGUACAGUCCUUACUAUUUCCACAUCUCAUGACAUCUUCAAAACGUAUAUUUUCGUAGCAGCAAAAGAAACUAAUAGCCCAUCGUUUGAUGAGGGAGAAUUAAAGAGCGACGAAGUUCAGCGCGUGUGGCAGUAUCUUCAGCUGAUCAAGGAGAAACCUGAACUCAUCCAGGAGUUCUACUAUGACCAGAACUCUAAACGCACGAGUCCAGCCGAAUGUCUUAAAACAUUAAUCAGGUUUGUAACCUGUUCCGUGGGAGAGACAGCAGUUGUCCCAGAGAAAAGCAAGCGUUCAAACCUUAAAUCACCUUCGUCCUCGUUUUUUUCACCUUGGUACAGUCAAACCUCUAUUUAGCUGGGUUCUGUUAAAGGAUCACCUAUCCUUAAGCGGUUGCUCUCCAGAUUCUCGUAAUUGGCUUCCCAUAUUAACAUAACAGUCAAACCUGUAUUAAGCGGUCACCCACGAGGAAUGGCGCUUAAUAAAGGUUAACCACUUAAUAAAAGUUGACUGCUUAAUACAGGUUACCGCUAAAUAUAGGUUGACCGCUUGAUACAAGUUUUACAAAAUAGAAGUAACAUAAAAACUAUUAAAAACGCCAUUUUAUGCCAAAAUUGACCACUUAAUAUUCAAAAACUCACUCAAAAACUACUAAUAUAAUAGUGCAAAUACUAGUAAGAAUAUUAAAAACAAUGGAAUGAUGAAUCUCAAAUUCGAUGGGGUGACUUAUGACACGCGAGGAAAUUUUGCACAUGGUAAUACGCUACCCGCAAAAUAUCCUUGAAUAAGGUGCAUCUAGCGUUAACUUUCUCGUUGCUCGACAGAAGCGUUUCGGAGACCAAACAGGAGAAACCUUUUAAAAAAACCAUUUAUUUGCUUAACUAUGUAAGGGUUCUUCUCUUAGAUCUUUAAGUGUGCAAUUUGUAAGUUUUUACCCUUUAAUUACUGAACCUAGCUCUUUGUGUAAAUACUCAUUCCGUGUUUGGUUUCGUCAGGAACUGUGGAGUCACGAACCCGUCAUGGUCUGAACUUCGAUAUUUUGUGAACUUUUUGAACUACCAGCUCAGAGACUGCGAGGAAAGCGCGUUCUGUAACACCUCAUUGGUAGAGGAUACCUUGGAAGGAUUCCGGAACUUUGUGGUUAAUUUUAUGAUAAUAAUGUCAAAGGUUUGUAAUAAAAAAAAUGAGUAUUAAUAACAACGACUGAUUUCCAAGAUUUCAAGAGUCCUAAAGAUUGAUCACCCGUAAUCGUCAUUCCGCUUCAAUCGCUUCUUUCUGUAGUCAUUUUGCUUCUUCUUAUAUUACCGACAACAGUCUUUCUCAGGACUACACUCACCCGCACGAUCAAACUACACUUUUACAUUAUUUCUCCUUGUGUAUUAUUCCCUCUUGGAAAACUAUUUGUUUGUAGUCGUCCUCUGACUCUUAUAAAUGGUAUGGCAAAAUUCCAUGGGUGCCACUAAUUAUGAAACUAUGUCGCUCUCUGACAGGAUUUCUCGAUGCGAUCUUUAACAGACAUAGACACUAGUCAGACUCACGGGACAUCGGCCGGUUUAGAGGAAGAGCACGACAUUGUUCCCUUCCGGCUUCGGAGACGUUGGGAGAAGAGGUAAUACUUGUUCAUACGUUUUGAUCUCACCAUUUAACAUUUGGAACAAGAAUACAAAUAUUCUUUCCUUCCUUUUUUUUAAAUGUAGGCCUCAUCCAUAUAUCUUUUUUAACCCGGAUCAUGUUACCAUGACUUUCCUCGGAUUCCGUGUUGAUCAAGAGGGAAAUCUUCUGGAUCCGCAGACUCAGCAAAUCAUUCAAGAAGGGAUCAUGAAAAGACGUCUUCGCACGGGACUGAGUGUACAGAAAGUGGAUUUGGACAACAGCUUUGAGUCCUAUUCAAAGUAGGUAUCAAGUAACGACUGCUGAAUGAUAUAUUUGAACCAGUUAUUGAGAGUAUGUCUUGCCUCCGUUCGCAACUACUAAAGCAGUUGGUGGUGGGGGGCAGGAGGGGGUCGAAAGAGACUCGUUGGCUAUGUGAUUUGCGUGAUGGAGAAGGGUUGAGAGGUCACGGUCCGAGCCCUAUCCGAGUCUAUGCAUUGCUUCUUUUCAGUGCCUCUUUCUACCCUGGAAUACAAAUGAGUCCCAAAAAACUGUGCAAAAAUGAAAAGCAGUCGUUAAGAAGCUGCCUAAAUAGACUAGCAUUCCGGUGUCGGGAAGAAGCGAUAAUCCCAGAGGCGAACUUCAUUGCAUUCGUGAUAUCUGUUCAUUUUUUCAUUGUCGUAACGACCUUCACGUGUAAAAAUAAAUUAAAAUUAAGAAAAUUUUACUUGUUUCAUGAAAAAAUAAAUUUUUUUCCGUCACAUAGCUGAUGUGAGACUAUACACCUGGUUGUAUGGUGUUUCGUCAAAUUUUUGCUUGUUUACGCAAACUUUAAAAUUGUGUUUCAGGUUUCAAAAAAUCGAGCUGCUGUGUGCUGUCAUGGGUAUCAACUUUGUACAUGAUCCUGAUGACUCUUAUGAGCUGACGGGUGAUAAUGUUAAGAAAAUUCUUGCCAUCUAUAUGAGGUUCAGAUGUAACAUUCCAGUCAUAAUCAUGGGUGAGACAGGAUGUGGAAAAACAAAACUUAUUCGAUAUUUGUGCGGACUGCAAACAGAGGGAGAAAGACAAAGAAACAUGCUGUUAAUGAAGGUGAAACCAAACUUCUAUUCUCGAUUCAUUUUUUCAGUGUAGUUAUUGAGCGACUCUUGGACAUUUGUGUUGAUAUUACUGCCUAUAUUGAAAUUCUAAGGUUAAGAAUACUGUUCGUAGCACUGUCUGUGUGAAUUUAUGUUUUUUUGUGUGUGGCAUUGUACUCUAUUCAGGAAAAUGAAGCAAUAAGUUGAAGUAGUUCUCGCAGAAACCUCCCUAACGAGUAAACUAAGAAUACCAAAUUUUGCGGCGACAUGAAAGGGCGAUAGAAAUUUUUUCAGUGCUACCUUGUUCUAAGUUUAAGACGGUGUAGUUGAAGCGGCGGGAAGGGGACGGGGUAUUCAGGCAGUGAGAUCUGUGUUGAGAGGCAAACCUUCUACUUCCUCUCUUGCUCUGGUUUCUAUUGGCUUCAUGCCUCCGAUGGCCCCUUUGGUUAUCCAAGCACCCGGUACUGUAAUAUUAUUUUUCAGUGAAUGUUUUACAGGUAGGUUGGGCAUGGAAGGGUACAAAUAAAGAUUAACUGUUGUUGUUGUUCACUUAUGAUAGAUAUUUUAUUGUAAAAAAGUGCAGUAAUAGAAAGAUGAGGAAAAACCUAGCUGUAACACUUCCACAGCUUCCUUGAGAAAUGUAACCAUGAACCUGAAAAGAUGCAAUUUCGUUACAACAUAACUCAAUAUUUGUCACUGUUUUCGCUUUCUUUAGAUUCAUGGCGGCACCACUUACAAAGACAUAGAAAGAAAUGUUCUUCAAGCCGAGGCAAUGGCUAUUAGUAACAAACAUGAAGGCAAAAAUAUCGACACCGUUUUGUUUUUUGAUGAGGCAAAUACCACCGAAGCUUUGGGGAUGAUUAAAGAGAUUAUGGUGGACCGAAGAUGUAAUGGUCGGCCCCUGAGUGAGAGUCUGAAAUUCAUCGUGGCUUGCAAUCCAUAUCGAAAGUAAGUCUUGUCUUUACAGUGUGAAAUUGGUGAUUAUGAAGUAAAAUGUAAUAAAGGGCAAACGUCGUGGGGAAAACAGUUAUUAAGCAACUGGGAGGAAAGGAGGAGGAAACAGUUAGCAGUCUGGAUGGCGUUGUGUUCUGAGGCCAAACACUGCUCUCCAAACGCGCCACCUAAAACAACAGGGGAUAGACAUGGUAUUUUAUCAAGCAGGUAGAAUGAAAAAGUAAUGUAAUUCAAGUUUGGCACUUACUGUGGCUCGUGAGUGCCAUUCUGAAUGAAAUUAAAAGUUUCUAUUCUUAUAAACUUUGGAUCUAGAUCUGUAGUGAUAACUUUGGAUUCGCGGUUGUAACUUUGCAUUCGCAGUUAUGACUCUUACACCAAUAUCCACUAUCUUAAACAGUUAGAAUGUCCCUUUUAGGCCUCCAUAAGCAGCUUAAGCGUGACUGACUGCACAAAGGGUUUUCGGCUUCUUUAAUGUCAAUGCCGUGGUCGUAAAUUUUAAACCAGCCACAAAAGACGAUAACUAAGUUACCAUGACGUAAGCUAGUUGCCUAUUGCAUCAUAUAAACCAACACCGAAACCUUAUUUAUAUAAAAAAUUUUGGCAGGCACACGGACGAAAUGAUACAGAAACUAGAAUCUGCAGGAUUGGGCUAUCAUGUAACAGCUGAAGAAACUGCUGAACGCCUCGGUAAGAAUGAAAUAAUGAGAGAUUCCGUGUGAAAGACCUCGAGAAAAUAACCUGGUCUGAUUUUUUUUCUAUGGUUUCUUUUCUACUAUCUAGGUAAAAUCCCACUGCGUAAUCUUGUUUAUCGUGUCCAUGCAAUACCAGAGAGCAUGCGUAGUCUAGUCUGGGAUUUUGGACAGUUGAAUCCGGAAGUAGAAGAGCUUUACACCCAACAGAUUGUGAGGAGAUAUGUAAGUAGAUGUCAUUGUAGAGCGGGUAAAAUCCGGCAGUAUAUCCCAGCAAAUUUCAAAUGAAAAAACACGCUCGUGAUGUCGUUAGUCAAUGUGACCACUUUUGUUACAUACUAUAAAUGUGCCACUCGGUUCCCGGAUGUGGUGGUCGUAGUGAUUCUACGAGUGUUUUACUUCCCAGCAAAACAAUGCUGCCUAUAUAAUUAUUUACUUUAUCCUUUUGACCCCUAAGAAUGAUCAACCCUGGAACACACUCUGAAGUCACUUGAUUAAAGGAAAUGACCAUUAACUUAAGAAGCUUUCGAUCGUUUAACAAAUUCUCCGUUGUCAACACUCAAGGAAAUAUGUGUAGGAGACAGUAUGGAGAAUAUGCAUACUAAUGUUGGGAUGUAGAGGAUUAUUUUUAGCGCUAAAAAGAGUUAUCUGCUAUGAUGAUUCUUCACUCGAACGCACGUUAUUGGUCUAAACUUCAAUAAGAGACCUAACAUGCUUAAGCCAAAAUUAUAAGAACCACAAAGGGCGGCUAACAUAUAUCGGCUGAUAGUGUCCGCGGCUGAAAGAUUGUCCUAAAAAUGAAAAGUUAUUCCCAAAGCAAAACUUCGAGGGCCAAUGCUAAAUUUCAAGGAAAUAUUUUUCAGCAGGAAAAAAAGAGAGGAAAUCCGUAAACCACUGGUUAAAGCGCUUAAUUCGAUAGAGCCCCAGCUUAUUUCUUUGAUUAACACUUGUUUUUUUUGUGCGAAAUCAUAAUCUAUUUCAGGUUGAUCAAGGUCGUCUACCAGGCGAUGAAAACUUAGUCAGUGCCAUAGCAAGUGUUUUAGCAGCUUCCCAGAGAUUCAUGAGAGAGAAAAAGGUGUUUUGCUAACUGAACAGUAGCAAGUUAUCACCCUUGUUCAAUGAAAAUGAGUAUUUUACUGACCUGAUCUUUUAGUUUCGCUGUUAUUUUUUUGAGAGCCUGCUAUCAAAUUUCUGGUAGGUUUGUUGGUAUCAUGUCUGUUUUUGCGCAAAGUCUUUUUUAUUUAAACUUGUUUCGAUAGGAAAUUCGUGUAACAUAAUAAAAUAUGUAAUACAGGUGAUGUCGUCGUAUUUUAAUGGAUUUUCCCUAAUGUUCUUGAAGAAAAUGGCGCUUUGUUGUAGCCUGAAUACGAAAAGAUUCUUAUCGUUUCUUACAAACUGGUUUAAAAUUCCUAUUUGCAGGAUGAAUGCAGCUUUGUUAGCUUACGUGACGUCAAAAGAGCCAUGGAGGUCAUGCUGUGGUUUCACGAACACUUCCAGCACUUUUCUUCUUUGAUGCAAGAGAAGGAAAGUGACAAUGAAGACGAUGGCGAGAAUGAAGGCGAAACCAGCUCUCAUGUGAUGCAACCAAAUCUGAAAGAAGUACCACUUGCUUCUGUUGACGAGAUAUCCGUACUGAAAGAGGAAGAACAUGCAGGUUUCAAAGUGGAAAGGCGAAAGCUUAUCGAUCACUCGGGCAGGUUUAAUCCUCUCAAAGAAGAAGUUAAAGAAACAGACGAGCGACCAAUCUUGCUCGAGUCCGUGUCUAAGCAGAUCCCCUGUGCUGCUCCCAAAAAAACACGGUUUAUUCUUUCAGAAGAAACCAAAGAUUUACCAAAGCCUCCACAUGUGGUUCCUCUAUUCGAUCUUCCAGUUCCGAAGUUUGACUUUAAAGAAUCUUAUGAAGGACCGCUCCCAGAAGAAAACGUAAUUACUGUUUUACUUAAGACCAUUAUUUAAUACUAGUGAAGAUACUCGCUGUUUCAGUUGUGAUAAUUACCAAGCGCAUGAACCUCGUUUUUGCCAUUAUGUGUACUUUUAAUCUUAUACGAAUAAUCUUAUUCUUGGACUACUGAGUAAUUUUAAGGCCGCAAUCAACUCAAGCGCAGACAUCAUCACACCUUGACAUUAUCACAUCGACGCCAUGCUACCCUCCAGAAAAUCUUUUGAUAUAUGUUUGUUUUUAGACUUCGGAAUACAAAACUUAGCAUUGCCUUGGUCGAGGAAUUUUAGGUAAAUGUGUUUUUGAAGGCAAGCAAAUGGAGGUCUGAAUGUCAAGUUCAUCAUUGUACACUGCGCAAAAAUUAAGUUAACGUAUUUUCUGUUUUUUGAAACUACAGUGAUCCCAGUUAUCAUUUAUUUUAGGGAGAUGUCAGCGACAGGAUUGACCCAGUAUCCUGGUCUUUAAUCCUUGCUCUUGGCGUUUGUUACCAAGCACGGUUAACAGAUAGGAAGGAAUACCGCGAGGCAGUAGCAAAAUCAUUCAGACCACCAUGCAGGCUUCCUGGUGGAGCCGAAAGAAUUGAAAGAGAAAUUUCUCGGUAACGUCAUUACUUCGUUGACGAUAAACAUACAUGUGUAUAUGCAUGUUGUUUGAGAGGGAUACUGUUUAAACUUCCUUUCAAAGCUCUUUCAACUCUAGCUAUGUUUUUUUUUUAAGAUUCUUUCUUCUUUUCCUAAAAUGGUUAUUUGGCUGAACACCGACGAAAAAUGACAUUUUUGUCCAGUUUGCUGGAAAGCGUGAAUUUUUUCCUUUAUGUUGUUUUAUUAUUCGAGGAGACAAAUUUAAAGGAACGUUUUAGUCACUGUUAAUCAUUUAUGUGUAUCAAUUCUUUGUGAUGAAGAUAAUGAUAAAUACUGGUUCUACGUUUCCUUAUGAAGAUGUCAAGAAACUCUGAUGGGGGAGUUAGAACUUGGACCCAACAUAGCUCGCAACGAAGCCCUUAGUGAAAAUGUGUUUAUGAUGGUGGUGUGCAUUGAGCUCAGGAUCCCAUUAUUUGUCGUUGGAAAACCGGGAAGCUCAAAAUCUCUGGCUAAGACCGUCGUCGCAGAUAACAUGCAGGGAGCAAGAUCCAGAUCUGACCUUUUCAAAAAGUUUAAGCAGGUAAGACCGAAGCACAAAGUGCUUAUAAAAUGAUAAUGAUAAUAACAAUAAUACUAUUGAUAAUAUUAAUGAUAACUGGAAAAAAAACGUUUAACUCUUAGAAUUGUUUCUGUUCCCUGUGGGUUCUAACUGUGUUAAUUAAGUAUUAUGGUAUAGAAGGAAUGGUUCCAACGUAGUCAUUUACUCAAAGGAAAGCGUUUAGGCACAUACACCCCACGGAUAACAUUUUGAGAAGCUAUUUGGCAUAGCUAUUUUAGCAUAUAAGGUUUCUGACUGUUUUCUUUUGUCUUCAAAGAAAUUUUUCACAAGUAAGGUUUUACAGUGCGUUGUAGGAACCAAGGAAAUGAAUCAAGUGGUUCCAUUUUUUUAUUAUAGAUUCAGUUGGUUUCGUACCAGUGUAGCCCCCAGUCCACCCCUGAGGGUAUACUCGCAACAUUUAAACAGUGCAGUGAACUUCAGGAAAGUAAGAACGAACAGGCAUCUUCAGACACUUUUGCUUCUGUGGUAGUGCUGGAUGAGAUCGGAUUAGCUGAGGACUCGCCAAAAAUGCCCUUGAAAACUCUACAUCCCCUGCUGGAAGAUGAUGACCAAAACGACGAGUUUGUGAUCCAGUCUGGAAAGAGUUUUACAAGAGUCGCCUUCAUUGGCUUGUCCAACUGGGCGCUGGACCCAGCCAAGAUGAACCGUGGGAUAAUGCUUUGCCGUAACGAACCUGAUGGUGACGAACUGGAGGCGACCGCCAGGUAAUGUCGGAAAGAUUCCAUAAAAUUUGUGAUUCACAUUUAAACUAUCUAUUUGAUAUCAAUUACAUCUAGAGUAUCUCUUAUAUGCAAAAAUCACCUUAGGUAGGUUAGCUCAGUGAUGUAAUGAGGUGCUCAUUCAACAAAUCAAAGGAAACCUUUUUUCGUUAACCAUUCCACCAUAAAGCAAACGAACGGGAGUAUUAUGGUGUGUCGGAACGCAAGGGAAACUAUAAAUUAACUAUUGGAAAUCAACAACUUGCUCCAACGAGAGGCUAAUGCUCGGAAUGGCAGCUUUUCUAACCGACCCAAGGUGACUCAUAUUUGAUAAUCAAUUAAUUGUUUUCAUAAUGAAAAAGCACAUGGAAGCAGUGUAGCAAAGACAUUUUUAGGCGUGAGCAAUGACCGCAAACUGAAUGCAACUGAAAGUUCGAAGCGGACGAUAAAUUUGUUGCCAGCACCGAGGAAAGCGACUGUUUACUUCCUGUUGCCCUUCGAUCUUCGAAAUUUCUUUAUGUAAGAAAUUUGUUUUCGAGCCGAGCUAAUUCAGGCUCUCUUAGCUGUUGGUAAAGAACAAGUACGUUUAAAACGACUCAUAUAGGGAAGGCGCAUCAUUUUUCAAGGUGAUUUGUAGAUGACCAUACGGAGGAUAGGAAAUCUUUCUUUCAGGCCAUUACCCAUUUUUUUUCCAACUUAUUCUGUAAUCAACAUGCAAGCCUACUAAAUCAUGUUAAUUUUCGAGUGAGGCCUAAGGUUUACCUAUCGAUUAAGUUUCGUAGAUUGUUAGGAAAGCAAACUGGAUAUAAAACAUUGUUAUCAAAAUGUCUGAUAUAAGACCGUUCAUCAUCUUUGAUUUAAGCUAUAUAUUGAUUAUUGCAGGGGUAUUUGUGGAAGUAAUGAGGACAUAUUGAUACAUAUAGAACACCUUAUAUCCCCGUUGGUCCGUGGCUACAAAGACCUUUACACCAAACAAAAAACAUCGAAGAAACUGAUAGAGGGAAAGAAAGAUGAAUUUUUUGGACUGCGAGAUUUCUACAGGUUUGAUUGUGUUGACCUGAUCUGAUUAUGUUUUGAAUUAACUUUUCGAAGAAUUUCAACUAAUUGCUCAUUGCUUUUGUUUUAAUUCAGUCUCAUUAAAAUGAUCGUCUGCAUCGCAAAAGAGCAGCAACGCCGACCAAACUGGGAAGAGCUCGAACAGACUAUUAAGAGAAACUUCAGUGGCCUUCUGGAGGAGGAUUUUAACCCUGUGAGAAUUCUUAUGGAUCAUAUUGGUUUUCCUGAGGAAUAUUUUCAGGUUAAAACACUUUUUUCUUUAUUGUCUUAAAUAAGAACUUCAUGCUUCAAAACCGGUUUUAUCGUCUCUUAUCUGACACCGAAGUUCUAUUUUUUAGAAAUAUCUCAAAAACAGAAAUACUAAUUUCCGGAGGACUUGCAUUAAAAUUUACCAAGCAGUGAACUUUCAUGUUCAUCACAGAUGUUUAUGCCGUCGAUUUACACGGCGAAAUUAGAUUACGGUGGAUAAGCGAAAUGUCGAUUUAAAUCAAAUACAUACUGUUUUAUGCCCCUUGAUUUCUCAGAUCACAUACUUAAGAUGAAUUUUUAGUAAGGCUUAAACCAUUUUCAUUUAAAUAACAGCCCAAGAGUACCUCUGAUGGUAAUUCGUUUGGGACACACUUCGGUGGUAAUCGAGCUAAUGUUAGAUCUGUUUUAGAGGAUAUCCCAAGGAUACUUCUUAUGGGCCUUCGACGAUCACGCACUUUAAAAACCACAAUUUACCUCAUAUUCGUAACCACCAAGAUGAUAAUUGUUUCCACUUGUUACAUUGUUUAAACCUCCCAUAACUUACAGGAUGAAGAACGUACAGAAGUUGACUCUCUAGAUCUUAUAAGGGCAAGCCUGAAUCGGGAAAGCGUAAUGGGGUAAGUCUGAUACCGCUUUGUUUACAACUCUUUAGUAGAAAAUAGGAGAUCUUUAGAUAUGUAUUUCCUGGAGUCUUGUCUAAUGUGACAAUGUGACCAUGUGACCUGUUCCAAUUAAGAGGUACACCUCCCGUUCAAUAUACUCAAUUGAUAUCAACGUCAUGGAUUAAUCAUUUCCUAGCCAAUACAAGCAUGUCAGAUUACCAUUUUAAAAUCAUUUGACGUACUGCCGUAUGAAGAAAUAUACUCCUCGUUGCUUGACACGGUUUUAAUUAUCGUACAACGAUGAAGGAGUCCUACGAUACAAAUAACAACCGAAUUAUACUAAAAUACAGUCCUUAAAAGCUCACAAUAAAAACGAUGCAUAUACCUAGAGAUGAUAUACAAUGUAAGAUGGCUAACUUACAAUAGUAAAGCGGUAAGUAGAGUUCCGAUCCAACGUAGAUAGAGAAAUAUAUAUUUCCUUCGUAACAAGAACGUAAACACAAAAUGACUGACUUCCUUGAACCGGUCAGCGGUUAUGAUAGUUCCUAGGCCCUAGCGGCCACGUCAAGUCUCUUCACCGUACAUGGCCCGUCAGUGCAAAUCCCACCGUUCUGUCUUGACCAAAUACUCACAUGAAAUUCAAAGGCGAUAUCCCUUAUCAUUUGCUCAAAGAGGUUUGCCGUGUCUUUUUUUUUUAUAGAGAUGGACGGUAUCUGCUCAUCAUGACUGAGAACUUUGCGGCUUUGCCAAGAAUAAAACAGCUUUUGUUGGAACAGGACGAGGAAGAACCAUACGUUAUAUUCGGUAGUGGUUUCCCUAAAGACCAGCUAUUCACACAGGUGAAAAUUAUGCGCUAUAUGUCACGUCACUUUUACUCUCUCAGCCUGUGUAUCUGUUUAUUAUCUGUGCCAUUGCCUGUAUCACCUCAUCACUGCUUGUAUAUCUCUCUGCCUGAUGUCUGUUUUUCUCUGUCUGCUUGUCUAUCUGCUUGUCUAUCUACUUGUUUAAGUGUGUGUCUUUCUGUUUCUUUAAUGUUUCGGUUGCUUUAGCCAUUUCCUUUUCUGUCGCGUUCACUCACUGAUAACUGGAAAUUUAUUGAUUGACACAAUCAUUAGGUCAAUGCCAUAACCAAAGAUUGUGUAAACGUAACUUCUGCAGGUUUGCCGAAACAUCAACCGUGUUAAGAUGUGUAUGGAGACAGGCAGAACAGUAAUUUUGCUCAAUCUUGAAAACCUGUAUGAAAGCCUCUACGACGCCUUGAAUCAGGUCAGUCAAAAUCGUACCAUACAACGUAUGACGUAACUUUUCUAUACUUUGCCAUGCGAAUGUACCUCAGCCGCUGGUGCACCACAAAGUGAUAUCUAUACUUUUUCGUUACCUUUUAGCUUUCUCUUAAAUUUGUUUUCAAACUGUGUUUUUAGUAUUACGUCUCUUUUGGAGGAAAGAAAUAUGUCGAUCUUGGGCUAGGGAAUAACCGAGUCAAAUGCCGCGUUCACCGAAAUUUCAGGUAAUUAUGUCUUGGAUCAGUAAUCAUGACCAGUAUUAUGAAGAGAUAAGAAUUAUAGUCUAUAUCAGAUUAGCAGGCCAUCAUGCACUUUUGAGAUUAAAGCUCCAAACUUAGAAUUGUACCCAUUACUUCGUGAAUGUUUUGCUAAAUAGGGUUACAAUACUUAUUCAAUCUAAAGGAAAGGCGUUUCUGCCAAGAAUAUUUUAGGAACGUAAUUUGAUUUCCGUCAAACUUUAUCAAACUCGAAACAAAAUACUGGCUGUAUGUGAGGGUUGAAGUAGAGUGAAAGAAAUCCUUUUGUGGGCAGCUGUUAAUAACGUUAUGUGGUACAACAGCUUGUACACAUUUACAAAGGUACUGCUUAUUUCAAACGAAGAACUGUUGCAAUCAUUCUUUUCAACAGGCUUAUUGUCAUUGCUGAAAAGGACGUGGUUUACAACAAGUUUCCCAUCCCUCUGAUCAACCGCUUGGAGAAACACUUCCUUGUUAUGUCAUCUGGCCUCACCAAGCUUCAGGAGGAACUGACCAGGGAAUUGGAAGAUUGGGUUGAGGAUUUUGCGUCUAUAUUGCAUCAGACCCACGAGAAACAGAGGUUGUUUCAAAAUAAGAUUACUUUGAACCAGUUUGCAUCUCUCUUCUUUUCUUCGGUUUGGUUUUGUUUGUUGUUGUUACUUGUAAAGCUAUCUAAAUCUUCUCAUUUUCCUAAAAUAUUACAAGAGGAAGGUGACAUUCACCUUAUUCAUUACAGGUGUUGUUACUUAUGCCUAAAUGCAUAAUUUGAAUUAAUACUGAUGCAGUUUGAAGUAUUUUAAGACUGGACCAUGCCUUCGUGGCAGGUUCCAAUUGAAUUUUCAUUCCCAUUAAUCGAAUAUGUUGCGGUUCCAAGUUUCCUACUCUGUUGAUGACAAAUUUGCCGCGUUUAACAUCUAAUCUUUUUCCUUAUUAAGAACAUUCACUAAAGGAGAUGCUUUUAUUGGUUACCACGGAGACACUGUCCCGGCCGUAGUUUUGCAAGUUUGUGCUGAGCUUCAUUACGACGGGACCUCCCCGACAGAUCGAGAUAGGGAGUCUUGGAUGGAAGAAGUAAGUUGUACUACGAGAGAGAGGAAAUGCUAUACACGAUUGUCCAUGAGGUUUAGCUAUCUGCAUGAACAAUCCCAGUAAAGAAAGCAUGGUGUGCAUCUCUUUUGGGCCUCUUAUUGGGGUACUUACCCUUCAUACGGAAAUACCAUCCGUACAGCUGAAAUGGUUCGUUGGCCUUUAGGACAUUUUGUAAGCACGAACCAUCAGUUUGGGAUAAGAGUGCUGUUUUCUGUUCACUGGAUCUUCGAAUGUAGCUUCCUCUUUUUCUUUCUUCUAAAAAGCCUCGAAGGUUUGUGGCCAUGAUUGAUAUUCCAGCUGUUGUUUACUCAGCUGCUGUUUUCUGCUUCAACUCACAAUGACUUUUUCAGAUUCCAUGGGCCCUGCUGUUCAAUGGGUGGAUUACGCUAUCCAACGGAUAAGUGUUAACAAAACGUAUUGCGCUAUCCACUGGAUAUAGAUUUAUCCACUGGAUAGCGCUACUCACCCUUUGAACAACCGGGGCUAGGAUGAAGGUAAGAAUGCCGUUUUUGUAUGUAUUUAAAGUUUUAUUUUCCUCCAGGUGCUUUGCAUAUGUAAGGAGCGUUUGCUACAGUGUGCGACUCCCGACUCUGUUACUCGUCUCCGUUUCUCACGUCUUAGCCAAGACGCAAACGAAUUAUGGACGACGUACUUCCGUAAGCAAGAACACUCGAGCCUGGCCAGCUUUUUAGAAAAAGAAGUCGGGCCUACUAACUUUGGUGCUGAUGGAAUGUCUAAAGCGUCAUUUCGUGCCCAAGUAAGAAAAUUAGAUUCUCUAAAAAAGUUCCUGCUUAAACAUUUCGUUAGCUGAACUUUGAUCGUUCGAUUAAUCUGUCAAAAUUGACUCAUGACUGUCUAAGGUAAGAACCCGGUUGGGGAUUAAAUAUUAAACAUGGUGAUACAUUUUCUCGAGCUGAGCCACAAAUUUUCGGUCCUUGGAAUUUUUUUUGGUAGGUUUCGCAAAUGCCAGCGACAUUUUUCUGCCAAAUUUUCUCAACAAUCUUCGCUAGAAUGUCUCACCACUGAGAAACUUCAAACAGGGUUCAUUUCUCCAAAUUUAGUUCGUAUUACUUUUGCUCAGUUCUGUAGUAAUCAGUAAAAUCUAUCUUGAAUAACAUAAAUAAAUGGAAUAGGAUGAACUUCUUUCUAAUCGUUAUUUUUUCCCAGAUUUCGACACACUCUCGUCUUCUGACAGACCGAGACAUUCCUGCAAUUUCCAAUGCUGUUAACGUGCAUCCAAGUUCAGUAAAGUGUGUCUCACUGCAGAAGUUCCAAACUGAACAGCAAUUCUGCAACAGUAUAGGGUAACAACUAGAUUUGAGUAUCUUUUCAGUAGAGUUUAGACAUGUAGCUUCAAAAAGAAACAACGAUAGUGGUAGAAAUUUUCCCAAUAGAACAAUGACAACAAUACCAUUAUAUUAUAACAUUGCUCCCCUGCUCUGAAACAAAAUCAAUGCAAAUGCCGUGGAUGAAAGAGGAUAAAUCUGCAAUACUCAAAAUUGAAAUGUAGUUGAUCAGAUAAGUGAUUAUUAUAAAAGGACUGCAUUAAUUAGGUUAUUAACAGAAACCCAUCUGGGAAAUAUCAUGUCAAACGCCAGAUUACUAAGCCAAUCAAAAAGCGUUGUCAAGCGAAACGAAUGCAACCCAAAUAAUUUUUUACACUCAUUUGAAAAACGCUCUAAAACUGAGAAAACUUAAUUUGUUUCAAUGUAAAAAAAGGCACUUUGGUGGUUAAUGCACGUUAAAUUAUUCUUAAAACACCACCACGAGAUAUCUCCAUACUUUUUAAACGAGGCAAAGUCUUUCGAAGACGUCAGCUCAUUUAACAAUUCGAGUGUUCAUUGUAUAUUACACAGGAGAGACUUCUGGGCCAAGCUCGGAGGAAGGAGGAGCCUGUUAAUAGUUCAAUGCGAUUCCACUGACCAAAACGUGAAUUUGGUAGCAUGCUCUCGUCAUUUGCUCAUAGAAGAGUUUCGGGAAGUAGAGAAAGAAUUGGGGAAAAUGGACAAAGAUUCGGAGGAGGAUUUUACAAGUUGCAGUCACGUCCUAAUGAUUGUGCAGCUGCCUAGAGUAGCAGGGGGCUAUAGAGAGUUCGAUGGUGUGCAAGGUGAAGAAUGGUUGUCUGUUCACAUCGACGAGUUAUGCCCUCCAAGUGAGGAAAUACCACCGAUUGAAGCACUGAUGGACCGUUCAGUCAGUGAAAUUUUCGAAGGUGCCCUUAACGAGACAGACAAGACAGAAAAUCAUCUGACUGUCUGCCAAGUUCUGACAAGUUGCGUGCAGAUAGCGGCUAGCAAGAUCGAGGAUGAUGAAUCGACGCUCAAAAGAGCAACCAGAAGGAUUGAAUUGCUGCUUGACUUACUUUCGUCUAGAACGAGCACUGGUAAGAUCCUCGAAAUAUUUUUCACAGAUUUACUGUUAUCCCCUCCCCCCCUCCUUCCCGAAAAUAAAUAUUUUGGUGAAAUUUAGUUGUUAAUUGCAAGUUCAAUCUUAGCUCCAUAAUCAAAAAAACCUAGUAUUUCCUUUUUUCAGGAAAAAAUGAUGACAACCGUUUUGAGAUGGUGUUGGCAAAACGACUCCAUGAACUAUUAGAAGAAAGGGAUCAGCGAGCACCAAAAGAGGGAAAGGAGUGGCUCGAGGACGAGGCUAAAUCGUGCACCGUGAAGGAAACUGGAACAUUCAAAAAAGCACUUUGGCACCGUUUCCAGUCUGUUGUGGCUCCUAUUCUGGCUGAAGUCAUCGCAUAUAUCGAUCGCGACGAAAACCUUGAACUGGCUGCCAGUGAACACCCUUGGGUAUCACGUCUCUGGUUGAACAUGUUUGAAGACGACUCCUUUACUAAUCUCAAUUAUAGAAUGUUUAUGUCUCGAGAGGAAGAUGUGGAGAGAGUCCGAAGUAAAGUUCCAGUUUUAAAAUCAGGUUAUCGAUCGCAUGUCUUUAAAUGCAGGUUUCCAUUUUCGUGGCUCCUCAAAAAGCACAUAGAUGAGAUGUAUCGAGAGGCCAGAAGUAUUGCAGGUGAGAUUUACUAAGUUGAGGCUUAACUCUUUUUCUUGACGCUGGAAUGAUUAUAGAUCUAUCUCAGUUUCGUUUUAAGCGUUUUUCUGUCUUUAACAACCCCUUUCGUCACGGCUUAUCUCUUUUUACCGUAAAUACCAUGUUAAGCCCCCUUCUUUCUAAAGACGGCAUACCCGUAUGAAGCUCCUAGUGUUUGAUAAGCUCCUCCACUCUAACAAGCCAUCCUCCUAUCCCCUGUUCAUGAAAAAAAAACUUCAUUAAAAGUUUUGCUAAGAAAGUUCUCUGUAAAUGAUUAGCGUUUGUAAAUUUAUGCUAGGAAGCAUUCAACAUUAAAAAUAUACCUGUAUUCGAAAACUACAUUUAGUUUUUGGGAUUACCAAAUCUGUCCUUAUUUGGUAGAAAAUUCUCACGAAACCCUCAUUGAAUGCUUGCGGAGGUUGUUGGACGCUUCAAGCGUGAGGCAAAUUGUUUCCGAGGCCAUCUCAGAAGGCGGCGAAGACUCAGUGGCUCGUUAUUUGCAUGACUUUACUCAGAUGGUGUACAAACCUCAAGAUGACGCCGAGACUGAGGUAAAAGUGUAAGAGGACUUCUAUGUGUAAUCACUUUACAGAACAGUUUGUUAUCCACAAAACUAUAUCUAUAUGUCUGUCGUGGACGACUGUACGUACAUGCUUAUGAGGCUCAUUGUGGAGGACACAAGACUGUUUAAGUUUCAAUCACAACAUCGUUUUCUCUUCAUUUUUUAACUCGUGAAUUGCGCGCAUGCGCAAGAGCAAGUUGUAGAUAUGAUGUGGAGAAUGGCACUCGCUCGCUCGCUCAAUUGGACGAUUCCUGUGACUUUUUUCGAUUUUUGAGUGUAUUUGAUAGUUCUUGGCAAGUAAUAAACAAACGAAAUAGCGACCUUUGUUGCUAAGAAUGGCAACGCCUUCUUAUCCCAACGUUACUUUGUUUCUUUGCUACAUUAGCGAACUCUGAAUUACUGAUCGUACUCUAAAAAUGACAGUCAACCAUAAAAUUCCCUAAACCAGAUAACAUUAAACAUAAUCCAAAAAAUCAUGUAAGUCAUCUGCCAAUUCACGAGUUUGCUCACAGAGCACUUUGAUUACUGAUCGGGGUAGUACCGAUAUGCCUUACUGUUCUUGCUUUUCUUGGGGGAAUUUUGUUGGGUGCGAUCCUUUGUUUUGAUCCAUAAAUUAAUUAAUUUUAAAAAUUAAUUAUAGUCGAUUUUAUGUCCAUGUCUAAAGAAUUUGGCGAGCUGUAAGAUCCUUUGCCCUCUCUAGAUUGUUCAAAGAGCGAUUACAGCCGCUGCAAAAGAGUUUCAUAUCCCGAAACUUUCACCAGAUGAUAGGUUUGCCAUGGAUUUUGCACUGGUUCAUGUGGCACAUUCUCGUAUUCAGCAGCGACUCAACUGCUUAUCCCAGUUUCUUCGAGCCAAGCCUGACCUUGCAGAGAACCUUGCAAACAGUUUUUCAUGGGAUGAAAACGAAAUGGUAUGCAUCGGUUUGUUUAAAAGUUAUCAUAGCCAUUGAACCUGUGGAUUUUUCAGGUACGCUAUAGCAUGUUUUUGCAUUUGUCUGUGACGUUUGACCUUCUACGUAAGGCUAGUCAGUUGAUUAAGUGAAGGGAAAAGCGAUCGAAAACUCUUUAAUAAUAACAAAAUAAUUCCUACGUAUCCAGUAGGAAGGCUAAUCGCAGUGAGUCACGCAAGUGUGCAUGUAAAUAAACAUUUCUUUCUCAGACUGUUGACGCUAUUGCUCUACAAAUGUGCUUGGAGCGUAUGGAACCCCAUGCAGAGGAACUAAAGACCACCUCACAAAGACAGGCCUGGUGUGACUCAGUUUUGUCUGUGAAAAUCCCAGUGGAAGAAAUGAUCGGCAAGAGGACAACCGAAGACAAGACACGCUUUGGAGAAAAGACUGAGUCCAUGCUGAGACAGUGCAGGUACUUUUUAGAAUUUAAUUUUUUUCAUGUCAUUCUUGUGCUUUCGAGUUAGCCAUUUUACCCUGCUGCUACUCCGCUUUAAUUUCAGAUCCAUGUGGCAACGCCUUAGUGCCGUCAGACUACUUAUCGAGCACGUGUAUCCAUCCCAAGAUUCAACAGAUUCUAGAGAUUUGCGGAGCAUUUUGAAACUUUGGAAGGUAACUGACACUUUCCAACUAGGUUUUUUAACAGUAAUUAAUUUGAAGACUUUAAGAGAUUACUAAAAGCCAGUUGAAAACCUUUUUGGAGAUGACUAUUUCGCAGGCAAACGGAACGCAAAACGAUAAAUUAAGAUAAACAGUACUUAACAAUUUCAUAAAAUUAAUGUGUAUUUAACUUUUCAGUGAUUUUUUGAUUAAUAAGUGACUCAGAGACUUGAUCGAUUUUAGGCCCUUGGUGAAGAAACAGAUUUUACAAAGGCAGAUUCCCUCAACAUUAUUGAGCGUUUUUUAUUAAACUGCACGGAGGAUUCACUUCCGGUACUUCAAGAGUAAGUAGCAACUGAAGUUGCAUUAAUUCCAAGUUUACUCUCCAAGCAACAGCUGCUAUCAAUACUGCUAUGUUCAGUGUAAAGUUUAUAGCGAAACGCUAAGGAUAAGGCAAGAGAGUUCAUCAUAGUGAAAAUGGAAAAUCGUUAUUGCAGCAGGUAAAUUGUGUGACCAGUGUAGUGACCAGUGUAGUUUCAUCUUAUACUCUCUUACUUUCUCAUGCAGUUUUAAUACUAAUGUUUCUACUAGAAAUGAAGACCUUGCAAUACAGGCCAAAUUUAUCCACCGUUGCAACACAUUCUUCAUGGAGAUUGUGUCACUGUUUUGCUUUGGAGAUGGCGUGCGUAAGUUGGAUCGAGACGUAUUUGAAAUGCUGAUGAGAUAUGUAACAGGAGCACAUUUUGCUGGUGCAACGAGAGAAUUUUCACCCUUUCCUGAAUUUGGAGGAGACAGCAUUCCGGUGGUGAGAUCCUUCCUCUUGCAACAGCUUAUCAAUUCAAGGUGCGUCUCUCUAAAUAAAUUUUGAAUAUCAACUUUAUUCAAUCAAACUUUUGAAAAUACCAUGAUAAGGUCGACUGUGCUGACGAAGGUCACGGAGCUUAUGCUUUCCAUGGCCUUAGUGAGUGGUCUAUGACUGUAACUUAUCUUUUUACGCUUAAUCGUGCAUUUGCUCUUUCUCACAGCUACUUUCAUAGUCUUUUAAAUGUAGAAAGGCAUCGUUCUCUCUCACAUGUAAAGCAUUCCUCAACUUUUGCAUUCAUAUCCAGUCAUCUUCAUCGCUAGAACUAUUUUUCCUUAGAAUGUUUCUCGUAUUAACUCAGUGCAUAAGAAACAAUUUCAUAUCAGUUACUUUUCUCAUCGUGUGGUAAUAUCUUAAUAGUGAUGAAGAAGCCAAGAAACACCUACAUCGCUUCCUCUUUGAGGCUCAAGGCCUUUCUUCAGAGGUGCUUCAUAUCCUGAAUGUUUGUCUACUUGCUGUGCAGUGUAUGGAGGUACAUAAGGAUUUAUAUUUAUUUGAAGCAAAGCUAAUUUUAUGGUAGAGAAUAGUGCUUCAUGAAAAGAAUUUAUUUAACAUAAAAGAAAACUACCAAAAAAUGUUACUACAUGGGAAAGGACAUUUAAACUAAUUUUUCCUUUGACGCCUAAGAUAUUUUAGUGAGUAAUGGAUGAACACAAGAGAGGCGAAAAGGCUAGUUUUCACUAGGGACGGGGUCGGAGAAGGAAUGUAAGUCGGUGUCGUAGAAGCGCUUUCGAUCUACAGAGAAUCGAAAAUCGGAGUCGUAAGCCAAGUCAGAAACUCGACAUAAUUGGUUUCAUUUUCUUCCAAUUCCACCUAUGACUUCGACGCUUAUGUCUCCAUGAUUACUAAAUUGUCGGAUUCGCAAGGAGACGAGUCGAUUCAGGUGUAGCCAUAACGGCAACAACACGAGGACGAAAACGGUUUUAAUUGUGAGGUACUACAAAAUUAUCUGAUCGAUAGUUUAAAGACCUUUUCUCCCACCUUCUUGUUUCUUCUAUGAUAUCUAUUAGCGGAGAGUCGAGUUACUUAAAAAGUUGUAGCAAAACGCGAUGAAACCUUGCGCAAGUUAAUAGAAAUUAGACAGGGCUGGUGCGCGAGCUGUGUUUUGUCUUCUAAUUGGCAACUACAAAACAAAAAAAAAGGGAGUUCAUUAAUGAAAAGCACUUCCUAUUGCAUUUUAUCAAAUGAAUUAUAGCCCUUCACUUUGUACUCCUUUCACUCUGUAGAACUCCUCCGCCAGUGCGUUAGCUAUGUUUGCUAACCUCGAUCUUCCACUGCAAAUUGGUAGCGUUAACAAGAUUUGUCAAGAUGCACUAAGCAUCUUACAGGAAGACUUUACAAGUUUUGAUGAAAUGCAGGUGGAUUCUUUGGAAGCGGUAGCUAAAGCGCGCUGUAGUUUAGGAAUGGCGGCCCACUACUUGUACAUGAGCUGUGUUAACGACGACGAAAAGUGGCUCCAAAUGGAAACGCAAGCUGCAAUGAAAUUCUUAUUCGACACUGUUAAGGCACUUUGCUCAUUGGCUCAGACAGGUUCCAAAUCUCCUGCUCUCUUUCUACUUAAACAGCUGGUUAAACGUUACGGAGGACAUGCCAUUGUUACUGUGUCUCAAAAGCCAGAACUUUCGUGGAUCGUUCCCGUCGAAUUCAGAGGAAACGAGGUGGGAGUUCUCAGUGGUUGAUGGUUUCAGUCUCUAUUUUAUCUCUAAUAUAAAUGUCUUAAAUUUUGAGUCUAAUCUUGACUACUUUUGUAGCUAUACAAUUUUUUUGCCCUUAAUCGAUCCGGUGAUGAACUGAUAUAAUUCGAUGGAUGUUCUCUCUAAUCAUGAUAAGCACCCAAGUCCCAUGAGCGUUGGCAAGAAAGUCUUCAUUCUCCUGAGUUUUACAUAGCUUUUAAAAUACAGCAUUUGGAACAAAAAAACAAAAAGUGCAGCACUGGAAAUAUAAGAAUCAUUUACAAAGGACUUCUCUAAUUACCCCAAACGUGCUCUGGUUGAAUAAGCUUUUGAUCAAAAUUGAUUUAGAUUUUUCAUCAUCGAACGAAAGACUUACAUUUGAAACCAAUGCAGUCUUCUCUUGUAUUUUACUUAACAAGUGUUAUUCAUAUUUUUAUUUAAAAAAUAUCAACAGGACGCUGAGAUGGAUUUGGAUCGGUUUCUCGUGUAUGGAGAGUUAUAUCAAGAAUUAAGAGACUCGAUAGCCAGAGCGAUGUUAAGCAAUGACACAGAUGAACUAGUGGCGUCACUAGAGGUAACGUAGAUAUCCUUUUCAAAUCUUUAAAUAUAACUUUUUUGGUAUAUAGCUCAUCUUAUGUGCGAAGAUGAACUGCUUGAAUACUAUACUUGCGUCAAAGGAUCUUUAAAUUUUUUAUUAUCCUUUUAAAGACUGAUCGAAAAAAGAUGUCUAAGAAUUCAACUACUUACUUGUGCUAUCUGUGGUGCUUCAGAGGUUAGGCGAAGUCCCGAGUCAGCACGCUAAGGAUAUCGUUCUACUCCUGGCUUUGUAUCGAGAGAUAACAGUGCCAAAAGGAAUAUGGGCCCAAAACGUACAGUUUCAGCCUGGGGUGAGUUGCAGUGUUGAUUUCUAUACGACUCCAGAUAAAUGAUGAGUUUUGUUUUGUUUUUCCAGUGUAACCAUGCCGAAAAAAGAAAUAAAUUUUUAUGCGGGAUGUUAGUUACAAGCAGAUUAUGAUUCGCUGACUUUCUAUAAUCAUACUGAAUACUAUAGCCACUAAAAAUGGAAUGUUAUAUUAUCUUUUAGAAAUGUGCUGCGAUAACAGAUGUUAUUCUGACAAGGAUCAGAUUUUUUUCUCUCACUGUAAGUCAAAAUGUGUACAUUUUUCAUUACUUUAGUUCAAUACUGUCUACGGUAGCAAGGUCAAAGGUUGAAGAAGUGUUAUUUACAACUGUCCAGUUAUUAGCUCUACUCCUUAUCCAAGUCUUUUAAAUAAUCAACUACUGAAAGCUUUUUGACGUUGUUCGCUUAGAACAACAUACGUACUAUGGUUUUUAGUGAACAAAUAGGCAUUCCAAGAUCCCAUUUGCCAAAAACAUUUUGCUGACAUCACUAUAAAGAAGUUGCUGAAAUCACUAUGAUUGCCCUUACUACGAUUAUCACUGAUUUUAAUACUAAUGUUAUGCGGUCGUUUCAUUUAAUUUUCCCUCUUCGUAACGAAUAGGCGCGACACUUGGUCACGGGUCUUUUGAGGAAUCCUCAGGACUUAGGAUUUCCAUUACCCACCGUCCAUGAGACGUGCAGUGAAGCAGAGAAGGCUUUGCCCGAUAUCUUGUUUCACGUGACUUCCGUACUUCGAUGUAUAGACUUUGAUGAAAUACUGAACCCUCUGAGGGAGAUUUUCCUCGCUCCACGUCAAAUGCUGGUGAGCGGAUAUAGUUGUCAGUUCUUAAAUUGGCUGUAACCUUUGUGGUCAGCCUUCAGUGAGCUAUCACUGACCUGUUAGAUACCAUCAUGGAAAAAGAAGCUAAUUAUUUUCUCUAUAACAUAAAACUUUACCACCUUAUAGUCUAUCGCAGUAACAUAUAAAGUUUAGGCCAAUAUCAAGCACACAAAAGGUGAUGGUGCUCAAUCCAGACCCUGGCUGAUAAGUUAGGACAAGACCCGAUUUCCCCUUUUUGUAACUGUUGCCACGUCCUUCACCAUUUAUCUUCCAGGACUCUUUUCUUCCAACAAUGCCAGAAGACAGUUUUCAAGAGACUGUUUCUGCCAUGACGGAGGGAGGCAAAUGGUAUCGUAAGUACUGCAUCUCAUUUAUUCCCAGUUGGGGUUGAUGUACUUGGUUUUUGCCUCCUGAUGUUGUGCGAUCGUCGCCAUAGAUCUCAGUGUCUAUCUUAGGUAGAUUUCUGCCAUCGCAAUUUCGUCAAUAUAUUUGAUGCUUUGCAUGUUAGGGAUGGAAAUUGCUCAUAUCGUUUUAAAUAAGGAUGAAUAUUUACCGUUCUCGUGGGGUCAGAAAUUAUAUCUUUGCUUUUCAGAAUGUCCCAAUGGUCAUCGUUACUAUAUUGGUGACGUAAGUAUUAUUUAUCGAUCAUGUAACUAUGGACCAACUGACUGAAUGACUCAGUCAGUGAUUGACUGUCAGACUGACUAGCAAAUCUAUUGAUUGAUAGAUCAAUUAAUUUUCCGAUUGACUGACUGCUCUUAAAGGGAAGUUCUCCGAUAAAAUGCUCCUUAAAGCAGAUUUUAACUGUUAUUUUUGAUAGUGCGGAAGACCAGACCAGGAGAGUCUAUGCCCUACUUGCGAGUCGCCAAUUGGGGGCCUUAAACAUGAACUGGUUGCUAACAACAGGGAGGCAUGCAGGCAAGUAAAUGUAACAUUUGGUUUACCCUUACAAGUAGAGGAGCUAUUUAGGAAUUGUUGUACUGUACAGCAAACUCAAAUUGAAAUUUAUUCGACCUAGGUUAAAUUGUACGAAAGUGAGGCUAGUCAAUUCUCGGGGGUGUGUUGUGAGUUUUCCCGUUCACCUCUGAGUGAAAACAGUGGAUCUAUGCGAUACGUCGAGAUGUAGGAAAGUAGUUUACGAUCGAUCACAGAGGGAACAUAAAUUUGUUGGCAAGGUUAAUUCCAAGUUGUUGAGAAAUUAUGAUGAAUUUUUUUGUUGCCAAGGAAACAAAAAACUGUGGAGGUUGAGAUCAAUAAAAUCGAAAUAACGAAACCAGUCGUAGCCACACUAAAUCAAAUGGGCGCUUGCGGAAACAUUUGUUUAAUUAUUGUACGGGUUAUUUUCAGGAUCGACCGUUCUAACAAAGGGCACAUUUUGGGAGCACCCAAACGUUUUACAGUCACUGAAAGAGAUCUUUCUCCUGCUAUGGUAAGCCUUCUAAGGAUCAUUCUCCACUCAGCCAUGAUAACCGGAGCCCAAGAACAUCCUGAGGUAAACUAUAUACAGAAUGAUUUGAGAAAUUUGUUAAUUCUAAGCCAGCUAUUUUAAAGGAUUAGUAUCUUUAAGGUAUUUGGAGUUUAACCAACCACUUUCUUAAUUGGUUUAUUCAAUAAUCGCGAGCCUUUUGCGAGCAAGGCUCUGUUUCUCGUAUAAAGUCGUAAACACUGUCCCAGCCAUCCAACAAACACUGUCAUAAGAUUGAUCAGUAUCUCCCUCUAGGCCAUUUGUCAGCUUAUAAGUGAGCCAGACGUCGAGCCAGAAAAUGUCACUGGCUUUCUCUGGGACCAUCUUGUCAAUGAUGUGGAGAAUGUAUCGACCAGCCUGGAAAGAAACGUCGAUGAAGUGUUGCUGAUAGUUCAUCACCUUUUAGCUGCGAUUGUGGACCGUUCAACUAAUAGUGAGUCAAAUUUGUUCUGACAACUUCAAAUAGACCGAGACAGGAUAAAUGUCAAAGGAUCCUAUUCAUAAAAUGAUAUUUCCAACGUAACUGAAAUAUUUUAAACGAAAACGAUAAUACAUGCACCUCGCAUGUUGCAUUGAUUAUUGGCCUCAUCGGACUACGUUGAGAAUAAAAGGUGGGAUCAUUGUCAGUGUCUGAGCAAAAUGUAUAUCUACCCCUCCCCUUACCAAUAAGUACAACUGUGAACUAAUAACAUGCUAGGGUUAAUGUUGAGUUAGGCAAGAGCCAGGUGCGCAGUUUCUCGGAUAAUGACAUUCAUCUAAAAUACAACUGUGAACUAAUAACAUGCUAGGGUUAAUGUUGAGUUAGGCAAGAGCCAGGUGCGCAGUUUCUCGGAUAAUGACAUUCAUCUAAAAUGUGCACCAUAGGAUUUUAUUUUUAUCUCCAGGUGCUCUUGGAAUCAUCUUUAUGAGGGACUCCCAUCUUGAGCUCGAUCUCCUCUUAGUCCCCUGCCAUAUCUGGCAAGAGGUGUUUCCGAUAUCGAUAUCUCAUCAUUUCAAAAUGAUUUUUUUAAGGGUAAAAAAUUAAUUUCAUUUGAGAGACGACUGUAUCGAUAGACUUCCAAAUCAGUGUCAUAUGAUAUCUGCUUUGCGAGUAACUUAUACCCUUCAUAGUUAACUUUUAUCAUAAUUUUGAUAUCCAUUUUUAAGGGGAAACCAAUGGUGCUGAAAAGUGGUCAACCAAAGUAGAGAGAAGACAAUGGGAGAACCAGUUUUCAGCUGUAUUUGCAAGACCUCUCUUCACGGUAGUUGGUCUCCCUCCUCUUGCUAAGAUGCUCAUGAUUUCGCAUAUUUCAGUCUAGUCUUUCGUUUUCUUUUCUUUUUUUUUUGUAAAGUGUCUAUCACUUCGAAAUUGCUUUAUGUUGUGAUUGUUUUUGGUCUUUGGUCUACAUGCUUUUAUUGAAAUUCGUUACAUUUUUCAGAAACUCGUGGUCUUAAAAAGUCUCACUAUUAUAUUUCGACACUGUUCUCAACAAGGCGUUGCUUACGACUCAAGGACUCGAGGAGAUGAAGCAUUUUUUUGUUUGUUAUCUACAAACGAAAAAAAAUCGGAUUCAAAAGAACUGCGCACCCUAAUGGUAGAUCAGCCUAAAGAUGAAUUAAGUGAACAUAUAUUAACCAUUUCCGUACAUUUUCACUUUAACUUUCACAGAACCUAGACGAACAGCUCCAAAAGUUCUAUACUCUGUCUGUAAACGACAGAAGGCUAGGUAAUUACGCUUUUAUUGUCAAACAAUUCACCUUCAAGACUGAUUCCUUUCUUAAGAUAAAGAGUCACCGCAAAAAUUACAAUCAUAACCUAUGAUAACCAAGUGGUCUAAAUGCUCCUUUGGAAGUCGUUUAAGUUGAACCUCAUGGUGUGUUCUAAGAGUAACAUCAACUUAAUAAAACAGAUCCAUGAUGUCGUGCGUCUGUUCAGAUAGAUCACAGGUGACCUUAAAAUGUCGCGAGAAAAAUAAAAAGUGGCACACGCGGCACAGCCGAGUGAGUCAUUGAUGCAACUUAUUUUACAAACCAGGUAGAAAAGCGUGAGACAAAAUCGAACUUUGAAUUUUGUAGUACUCUCAACUGACAAGACUGUAAAUAAUGCGUUUAAGACCUCUCCCUUUUCUGGUGUAACCUUCCGAUAAGGUGUUAUAAUCUAUAGAAGACUUCAAAAUGCAUGUAAUUCAUCACUAACUUGUAGUAACAUUAUCAAGAUAGUUUGUGGUAGAGAACUGUUGCAAACGUUAGCGCAAAUGUCUUACCAUUUGUGUAAAAAAUCUAUUUUCCAAACAAGUUUCCCCUCGAAAUUUCCCCUCAUCUAAAAAUGCGCGCUUUAGUUUUCAAACAAGGAGCUAGACUUUCAAGAGAAACUGCAUUUUCUGCUUCAUACUACAGGGAACGAUCCACUAAUGCGAGAGAUUUACGAGGUGGACGACCUUUCGCUUCCACGCACAGCAGCAAACAUCCAUCCUGGACACGCGGCCUUUUGGAAAUAUAGAACACGUUUGACUGUUGAACACGUGAUUCGUCAGUUUGAAGACAUCAAGUCAAACAUGGCCUCAUGUAAAGUCCUAGGAAAGUUCCUGGUAGAGGUAAUGUAAAUUGAAGAAAACUGUUUUGCAUGGGGCAGACACUGAUGUUGACAAAUAGUAUGUACUCAUUGACUAAAUGGGGGGCCGAUAAGGGGAAGUAUUUGGCUCGAAGUCAUAACGUAUGGACCGAGGGCAGCGAUAGCGACAAAAUUUCCCGUCCGCUCGACCAAAUUCAGCCAGUCAAUAAGCACCUUAUCACAUGACUACCAGCUGUUGAAAAUUUCGAACAUUUUGUUUCAACCUAAAUAGGACAUGUGAUAGACGGGCGCACGCGGGAGAACUACAAAAUGAUCCUCCAAUAAAAACUUUUCCUUGGUUUUCUUUUCUCUCGACUCAUAACAAGAAACUCACAAUUCAUCGAAGAACGUGAUUUUUUACUUUACUCUUUUCCUUUUUCCUUUAAGUUUUUGCAUCAAAGCCUGGCAAGUGCCGGGCUGGAAGGCUUUUUCCGGACCGACUUACGUAAACCCGUCCGGCCCUACACACUUCAGCUUUCACUGUGUUUUCUAUGGCAUUGUGUGCAAGGGGCUGUACGAUAUGCUAAAGGAAAUGAAUUUUUCCUUUGUCGCAGGAACAUAGACUUCGAGCAGUUCGUCACCUGCCGGACAUACUGGCUUUGCUGAGAAUGCUAACUGACCGCUUUCAUCGACGAAUCGACAGAGAAAAUUCCAAUCAGCUCAAGAUACGGGAGGUUUUGCAAAAGUUGCCUAAAGGUAAAGCUUUUAAUAGACUCGGUUGUGCAAUUUGAUUUUAUGCGUAAAGUAGGACUGUUCACGUUUUGAAUCGAAUAAUAUCUUCCACCAAGUGACCAAAGCAUCAAUUGCAUGUCUAGUCACUAACAAAAUUUCUUUUCAGGACUGCCCACUCUCAGAUCACUCGCUUCUUAACGACAGACUGAUCUCCCAAGCUUACAGUCUUUACCCUGCUUCUAGGUGACGAACUGAAAUACUCUAACUAUAGACCAACGACAACGACUGCAAAGUACUGUUUUCGUGGAAAAAAAUGUUUUCCGUAUCGGGGAGGAAUAAAAUUAUUUGCCAAAGCCAAAAAAUAACAGUGAUCUUCUCAUGAUGCGAAAAUCCAAGAUUACACCUACUAAAAAUGAAUAUUUUAUACUCUUUGGACGGGACCUAAGACGGCCAUAACAUUAACUGAGUGACAGCGAUAAUUUUUUAAAAGUGGCUCAAGCACCGUCUCUCUCGCCUCCAUCCUCCAAGCCGCGGGAAGUAACAAAUUGGUGAUGCUUCAGCUCUGAAGAGAUUGUCCCUUUUUCUGGUUCUUUAACACAGAAACUCCAUACUGGGUAGUUACGAUCACAUAAUAAGUGGUAGGUCUAAACUAACGUUUCAUUUCAUUUUUCAGACCAGAAGGAAACCUUCAAAAAGCUAUUCCAAAGUUUUUGCACGGCUUGGGAUCAGGUUCGCCACCAGCUGAAUUCACAAGGUGAGAAAAUGAACAUGGGAAAGCUAGAGAGAUGAACAUUGGGAAGGGGGGAGGGGGACAGUGAAAGUAUUUUUCUCAAAGAUCAUCGACCACUUUAAAUAAAAACUUUAGAAGUAACAGAAAGACUGUCAUAAAAUUUAUUAACUAUUUCGGACUAAUUUAUUGCGCUUUAAUAUUUCUUUACGGCAGGUCGUUUCACGCCUUCUAAAGAACAAUGUUCCCAGCCAAUUGAAAUGACAUCCACCGUUUCAGUGUUACUACCGACAAAUAUUGGCUCAGGUGUUUGUUGCAAAGCUUUGCUGUUCUACUUGGUCAAUGCAAAUAAUGAUAUGGUUGAAGCAUAUCACGGUGCUGUUGGCUCUGACGAAAGCACGCGGUAUGUUGAAUUCUUUCAUUUCAACAAGUCAUGUUCGAGUAUAAGGAAUCAUACUUCAUUGAAUGCUCAUGAAGUCAUUACUAUCGCAAAAUUAUUGAGAUGGUGUAACCUAUAUCACUAAUAAUACCGCCUAACAUUUUCGUAAAUAACAGCCAGUCACAAAGAUUAAGAAUUACGCACCAAUGUAGGCCCCGAGUUCCUUUUGUUCGUUUUGAGUUCUAAUCUUUAGGGGACCAUUGUGGUCUUGUCCUCGAUCUGAAUAUCUUACUCCGGCAUUAUCUCUUUUGGAUGUUGAUAUGUGCUCAAUAGAUCUAGGAAACGUUGCAGUAUCAUUGAUGGCUUAUUGGUUCCCGCUUCAUAUGAAGUCUGACGCAGACGUUCCAUAAUAAACACAUUAGAUUCCCCCUCUCGUACUCCCCCAACAAAGGAAUUGCUUAUUGCCAUUCCGUUCAUCACCCGUUAUAUUUUUUCGACUCACUCUCUCAUCAUUUUUUAUCUGAAUAAUAGUACCACCGCUAAGAUUCCUCUUUCGGAGGUUUCGGUGUCGCAGUUGGUAGCAUAUGACUCAGAAAAGGACUUGCUACCUGUGAUGCUAGCCAACUGCUCUUACUCACUAGAGGUGGGAAAGGAAACAUCAUCGCAGUACAACUGGGAAGCCCUCCAGAAGCAGAUAAUUGAUAGGUUCAUACGGGGAAGGCCAAAAGUGGAAUUUCAGGUAACUAUUUCCUCUAUUCGUAGUAAGAAUAAUUCUCUGUCCAAGAGACAAAACUAUACCAUCCUAGACGUUUUGCGCAAAUUUGCAAACAAAUCUUACAAAGCUGUCAGUGGAAAUCUGACGUUUCAAUCCUCUCUAGCUUUUUCUUUAACAUAGCGUCCUUUGUAUUUUCUACUCUUUGUUUUUACUCAGUUUGGUAGCAUGUUCUUUGACUGAAUUCCUCGUUUCAAAGAUUAAAAGGAAUUUUACAUUAUUCUGGAGAACAGAACCAAGUUUUCCAACGGGCGGAUAAAGUUAUUCCACGGAUACAUCGCUAUCCAGCGGAUAAGUUUAAACAAAAAGAACUAUGGAAAAAAAAUGCUUGCUACUAUUGUUUUAGCUGGAUGAUUUCGUGUUUCAUGAAGAUGACCGCGACGUGUCCUUCGACAGGUUGAGGGACAAAAUUCCACAGGUUAGGGCUGUAGUAAGAUAUUCACCAUUUUAGUUCCUACUUCCUUCAAGAAAGAGGACAACGUUAUUGGGUAGAUAUCACAAUAAAAUAAAACGAUAAAACUAGACGAUAUAUGGUUGACAAAGUGAAAAAAAGAAUACGCUGGCCAGGUUCAAUGUCGGCUCUGGACAUUCAAAGGAAAAUAACUCGUCUGAUAAACCAUGAAACUUUCAUGUAAGCGUAUAAAAAAAGGUAAAUAAUAAUCAGGAAAAAUACCGUAAAGAGCGCCACAGAGUGGUUCCAAAUCUAGGUGAGCUAUUGAACGGAGAAUCUGAUAAUGGAAUCUGCAAAUUUAAAAUUCAGUUUAAAAAAAACCCCAAAGUCAAUCCCCUCCCCUUUCCAAAAUUUUACGUUUUUCCAUUGUUGGCUUUCCUACACAUACAAAGAUCUUGUAUUGUUUUUCUCAGGAGCCAAUUGAAAGUCGUAUCCGUACCCAGAUUCUCUCGGAAUUGAAGGACCUUGGGAACAUAAGUGAUUUGCUCUCUACCCUGGAAAUGGCGAUUGGUUUCCUGUCUACAGCAGGUGGAGAUCCUGAGAGAAAAAUAUUUGAUUAUCUCAAGAAUGUUAUUCAUCUCAGUGAUGGAAAGUCGAACUUAAAGAGUAAAAAGGUGUGUAAUAUUGCUUGAUUCUAUUGAUCGAUAAGCCAUGAUUAAAACAUUGAGUUUUAGAAUCAAAACUCUUGUGAAGCAGGAAAUCUCCCUACCUGUUCCAUAUUUUCUCCACCAAACGCUAGACCUCGAUUAAACGUCAGGUUCAUAUAAACAUAUAAACAAUGCGGAGAAAGUGUAGUUAUAGAUGAAAUUUUGCGUUCGGGCUGACAAGUAAAUAAUCAACUCUUCUGAAUGCAUCUCUGUGAAAUGCUACUUUCAUAAAAAAAUAAGGUAAAUGGAUGCUCAGCGGAAACGUAAUAAUCUUGGAAGAAGUCCCAGCGACUGUUUGAUGCGGCUGAACACAGGAAAAAUUUUGCCCACUUGACAAAUACUUCUCGGUCUCGAAGCAUCGAUGGUGAAAGACAGCCUCUCCUAGUCAAACGCCGGUCUCGCUUAAACUUGAGUUCAUCAAUCUUUUGCUUGGAAUGCAAAUUGAACAUCCUGCUCAGCUUCAUAUUACGUUCAUUGAAUUUAGUUCAUAUCUACUUACUGCUUCUUUGUGCCUUUGAAUGGAUGGUCAGGGAACAAAUCCAUUCUUCUGCGAAUCUUGACAGAAUACCUCUAGAGACUUUUGAUUUGUCAAGGGCUUAACAUAAUCCACGGAUGUAUGGAGUUUCUUUGCAGAACUAUAUACAUUAUUGUUAUCUUUCAGGCUCAACAGUCUUGCUGUCUGGGUCACAUUUUGGAUCUGUGGUCCACACUGGCUGUGGCGCGAGCAAAAUUCUUGUUUAAGAAUGAACAGGUACCUUUUUGUAGAAAAAUGUAGCAAAUUUGAUGAAUGUAAUCCCUUUCUCACCCAAUAUUUUCGAUAUUUUUAGUAGGUUCGACCGUGAUUUUAUUUGUCUGUUCAAAUUAAACCGAUUUUAUAUUUUUUAAUUUCUUUAGGAUCCAUUUGAGAAGAUACCAGAAAUUUAUAAAGAACAGAUGCCGCGAUUUGCAGUCACACGCUUCAGUGCAGCAUUGAAAAAAAUGAAUGUUGAUUUGUUUUUGAGUAGAGUUGUCGAGGUCAUCACUUUAGUGCUGGCUCAUGAAGAAGACACAAGCAGUAAAUUGAGGUAAUUCCUGCGUACAGCAUAGAUGAAUCUACAGAGCAAAAGUUCUUUCAAACAAAAGUAUAUGACCUUGCAAUGAAGUAUUAGCAGUGUUUUCACUACCAUGACUAACGGCAACCUUUUUUUUCUGAUAGCCUGUUUACUCAAUAUUGUUCUCAGGGAAUACUUAACUACUUCCUUCGUUUUCAGCCUCAGUGAGUACUUAUCAAUGGUUUUUGACGAUAGCUCCGACCUGGAAGAGAUUCCUGAUGAAGUAUGUGUAAUGCACGUGGUUCAUGCGUUCAAGCUCGCGUUAGAAGUGCGUGAGAAAGAUCAAGGAAGCAGAAGGUCCAUGUUGUCCUAGGGCGUUAAUUAUAUAAUAUGGGGAGUUCGAGAACCUUUCAAACUGUCAUUCACUGGCCAGCUGAACUUCCAGAAAUUACGUUUCCAUGCCUUAUUAUACUUUCAAGUACUUUCCAAACUAUUUCCCAUGAUUUAUAUUCUUUUCAUAAUUUUUCAUUUGACAUUCUGCAUGAGCUCAAGUAUACUACUGAGAUAAGACACUUUCCAGGUUAGAAUGUAAGAAAAAUCAAUUUACAUAUUAACAGAAAAAUUAUGAGCAUGAAAGGAUAACAUGUCGUUAUAAAAUAAGGUCGUAAACUAAAGGCAGCUCAUAAAUAAAACUUUUUGCCAUUUUAAAUAGCACGAUAAUGCACAUGAAUUUACCAAAAAGUUUGGCUAGUAAUAGUUAGCGAUGACUUCUGCCUCGUAGACAUCAACGAUGCCUCAGGGUGACGUUAGAUGAUUACAUGAUACCACGGAUAGUGCAACCCAAGAAAUAUCUAAGAAUAGUACCUUUACAAAUAAAUUUUAAGGGUUUAAACGUUCAUAACGUUUUUUUCUUUAAAGACUUCUUCUCCUG